CUGUUUCCCAGGAAUGAUGUAAGUGAGAGAGCAAAAUCAGCUGCAUGUUAGGGGCUGGGCUUCCAUGAUAAAGCUAAAAACAUUCCCUGCUCAGAUGACAGAGAAAUGAAACUGAAAACCGAAAGUAGAAUUUCCUCUAUGGCUAUAUAAAGCAGCCUGAGUCUGACAAAACCAAAAUGCUUAGAGACUUUAACCAGGAAGGACGCAUUGAGAAUUGCAUUUGGCUGAACUGCUGUUAGAACACGUUCUUGCAAUGGCUGAUAGCAGCAGUGAAGACGUCAACCUGUUCAUGAUAAAAUGCUUUCGAGACAGGCUUAUCAAGACCAUCCAGAUUACAUCAGUUUUAGAUCAUUUGCCGUCACUCAGUGCUGAGAUCCAAACCAGAAUAAAAGCUGAAGUUCAAAAUUGUGGAGAGCUCUCAGCAACAAAACUGCUAUUGGAUCACAUAGAACGAGGUCCCCGAGACUUGGGAUGGUUUGAAGAAUUUGUUAACGCUUUGAAGGAGACUGAAUGCUCCCAAGCUGAAUUAUACGUAUCUCCUGAAAAAAUUCCAUCCCCUUCACUGGAGGCAAAGCACGAUGAGUGUGAACAACUCAUUCGUAUUCUAUGCCCAGAACUUGUUAAAAAGUUAGCACCGAGAGAAACAAGUCAAGAGUGCUUCGCGUGUGGGAUUUGCACUCUAGAAGAUGUAGAUGUGGUAAGUUUGAAUCACUGUUGUGGUUAAAGGGACAUUAUAGUCACCAAAACAACUACAGCUUAAUGUAGUUCUGGUGAGUAUAAUCAUUGUCUUCAGGCGUUUUCAGAGAAAAGGCAGUGUUUACAUUGCCCUUUACGGACACCUCCAUAUUGCCACUCCUCAGAUGGCCACUGGAGGUGCUUCCUGGGGCACUGCUGCACAGUAGGUAGCACUGCUGUUAGGUGUCUCCACGCUCUGCAUUGAGACGCCAACAUUUUCUCAUAGAUAUGCAUUGAUUCAAUGCAUCUCUAUGAUGAGGUGCUGAUUGGCCAAUCGUAUUAUUUUCAUCCACUUGUAUCUUUUAAAUGUAAUUUUCUGAUGGUUUACUAUGUAACAGUUUUGCAUUUUGCUGAUUGAGCUUACUGCUAAGCAAUGUUCCUGACCAGCCUAAAACAAUUAGUUAAAGGGACACUAGAGUCACCAGCUUAUUGUAUUUGUUAUUUUAAGUAUAAUCUGUCCCUUAAGGCUUUUUACAGUAAACACUAUUUUUUCCAGAGAGCCUAGGGACACCUCCUCUGGCCACUACUCAUAUGGCUACUAGAGGUGCUUCCUGUGAAAAUGCUGCACAAUUGAAAGCACUGCCAUUCAGGGUCUCCACCCUAUACAUGGAGACACUGAACUUUCCUCAUAGAGAUUUGAUUCAAUGCAUCUCUAUGAGGAGAUGCUGAUUGGCCAGGGCUGUGUUUGGCUUGUGCUGGCUCUGCAUCUGACCUGCCUCCUAGACAGUCUCAGCCAAUCCAAUGCUUUCCUAUGAUGUCAGUCAAGUUGACCGAUCAGGGGCAGAGUCAGCAGCAGCAGAUAGGAGUAAAGGUAAGAUUUUACUAUAUUUAGGGAGGGCAAGGGGGGCUAAGGGGCUAGAUGGUGGUUUUAACAUUGUAGGAUCAGGAAUACGUUUGUGUUCCUGACUCUAUAAUGUUCCUUUAACUUUGUCUUUUUUUGGCCUAAUAUAUUUGUGUCACACAAACAGUCCCUAUCCCCUUCAUACAAUACAGCCCAAUUUCCUUCCCCAAAACACCAUAGAGCCACUAUCUCCCCAAAUACAACCUGCUACAGCUCCCUCCCAAAAACAUACCAUACAACCCAUAUUCCCCUCAAACACACCCUACAUUCAAUAUCCCUGCACACCCUACAGCCCAAAUCCCAAUACACCCCACAUUCUCCCCAAACAUACCCUAUAGCCCCCAUCCUCCUAAACACACACUAUAGCUCCUAUUCACACAUAUAUUACAAUGACCGCAAAGAGUCCCAUCCACCAAACACACAUAUGAUCCACAACAGCCUCCCUCCCACACGUGCAACUUUACAAGCAGUCUCCCCACAAACACAACUCCACAACCUUGGGAUAGCAAGGAGGUUAAAUUCCUGCCCCUUCGACUGGGACCAGCUCAUACCUCGCAUCCUGUCAGCCAUCUCUGUCAUGUUUGGCAAACUUCUAAAUACACACUUCUUUAUCCAAGGAUUCUCUGAUACUCAAUAACUCGUUCUCAGGUUGGCUCCCUGAUUUGAUCUCUUUCCAAUAUCCCAGAUCAUACCUGUGCACCUAUCAUCCUGAUCCUUACAUCUCUUAGCCAUAACCCAAUCAGUUUUGAGGAAAAUAUAUACCAAAGCCUAGUGUAACUUAUUGUUUUAUUUUUUGUUCUAUGUAACCUAGUUUAUGGAGUUAGCCCCUCUUAUUCGCAUGCUCAGGAUAUGCCCAUGAAUAUCUUGAACAAGGGGUUAAGCUUCUUACAAAGAAGGGGUUAACCAACCAUCUUAUGUCUUUAGGUACAGGAACGCGAUCUUCAGGUAAUAUAUAAAAGAUAAAAGGAGAGAACAAACGAUGGUGCAGAAUGUACGGUUCAAAUGAAGUAAAAAUUGAUUAAUGAUAACGAACUCACAAUUUCCAGAGCUUCUGUCCAGCUCUAGGGUAAAGCGCACACAGCGGUAUAAUCCCCGCUUAUGGGAUUUAUGAUGGGUUCGUCAGGGUAUCCAAAACUCAAAGGAAACAGAAAAAGCCAAAUAGUGCUCUCUGUAUAACUGUAUAUUGUAAAAGAGAAUAAAAAAAACGUACUUACAAGUACAGAGCAGACCAACUGCUCUUUGAUGUCAGCGCUGGUGGAAUAAUCCCCACCUAUGGAUUUCUUUGGUGUCAGGAACUUGUAGAGAUAGUAUUAAAAUCGGAAUAGAGUGUAUAUAAAAUAUAACAAUGAACUAAAACGAUAAAUAGCCAGGGUACAUGUAUAAAUAAAAGUAGUUGGGACUAUCAGUUAACCAAAAACUUUAAUAUUUAUUAUACAAAAUAAAAUUUCCAUAACGCGUUUCGUCUAACAGACUUUAUCAAAUGGAUAAAUUUCCAAUAAAUCUGGAAAUUGUGAGUUCGUUAUCAUUAAUCAAUUUUUACAUUCUGCACCAUCGUUUGUUCUCUCCUUUUAUCUUUUAUAUAUUACCUGAAGAUCGCGUUCCUGUACCUAAAGACGACAGAGAGGAUACCUUUUUAGGUCGGACUUUUUAUCUUCAAUAACUAUUGAUACUGGACACUGUUUAUUCUGGCACAGCCCUCCUUUUAUAUUUUGCUUUUAUCCUGUAUUUUAGGGUUUUGGGGGGAUUCCCUUGUUGGGUUGCUGCCUUACAGGUUGUCUGGCGCUGUCUCUUUUCCUUUAUUUAUUUAACCAUCUUAUGUGCCCAUCUUUAACCCCAAAAUGGCUGGGGUUUCCCCUGCACAAAUCACAUUCUAGUGAGUGGAGCCAAAUAUAGGAAAGAACUUUAUAAAAGCCUCCCCCAGCUUGAAAUUACUGUUAUUGGCUGGCUUGGAAGGGCCAGCGCUACCAUAAGGUGGCACAGGCAGCCGCCUUAGGGCAGUGCAGGAUCCAUUUGUCCAUCAGGAGGAGAGCGCACAUCGCUCCCCUCCUGCAUGUCACUCCAUGUAGCGUGGUCCAGCCGCGGACCCCAGACAGCGCCAAACUGCUUCCUAUCAGACUUGCUCAGCCACACUUCAAGAGGGAGGGAGGUGAGUUGGCACCGGGAUGGGGGGGUGGGGGGAGUAGGGGAAAGAAGAAUACAAGGGAUGCGGGAGGGGGGGGGGAAUAUCCAGAGAGGCUGGGGGGAGGGGAGUUGUAUAGAUAAAGAAGGACUAGUGGGAUAAAAAGAGACACAGAGUGGCUGAGGAUUGGGUAAGAGAGACACAUAUGGGCUAAGGGGGGAAAGACUUACACAAGAGCUGGGAGGAAGAGACACACAGAGAGGUUUGGAAGGGGAGAAAGAGACAUAAGAGACAUAGAAAAGGGGCUUGGGAAGAAAUAGAUACACAGGGGUAUUGGUGGGGACAAAGUGAGACAGAGGCCGAGGCAAAGCCAUGGACCACAAAGAGUGGCAAACUGCUUCCUGUCAGACCAGGGGGAAGGAAGCAGGAGCUCCUCUACUGCGUUCCGCUGCUCAGCCAUGCUUCAAGACGGAGGGAGGUGAGCUGGGGUGGGAUGACAGAAACAGACAAGGGCUUGGGGGGGGGGGAGUGGAAACAGCCAGAGUGGCUAGUGGGACACAAACAGACACAAAGUGGCUAGGGGGAUAUAAAGAAAGGGGCUAGGGAAUGGGCAUAAAAGUCAGACAGUGGUGGGGGAAGGGGCAACAGAGACCAACAAUGCACUUGGGGGAGAAAUCCAGAGUAGCUGGUCAGAGACAAAGAAAUACAGAGGGGCAGGGGGAGAAAGAGACACACAGCGAGACUGGGAAGAAGAGAAAGACACACACAAAGGGCUAGGGGGGGAAAGAGACAUACAGAGGGGCUGGCUGAGAAAGAGACUUAGAGGGGGUGUGGAAGGGGAGAAAAAAGACACACAAAGGAGCAGGGAAAGGGGAAAAGACACAGAGAGAAUAAGAAAGGGGACAAAGACACCCAAAGGAACUGGGGGAGAAAGAUGCACACAAAGGAGCUGUAGUAGAAAGACACACAAGGGAGGUGUAAGAAACACGAAGAGGGAAAAUGGGGGCAAGAUUCACUAAAGGGAGUAAGACAUUCAAAAGAAAGGAUGGGGAAUACAAAUUGGGAUAAAAAGUUAAAGAGGGGGAUUAAGGGGCACACAAGUGAAGAUGCAUUUUGGAGGAAUACAGGGGGGCAGAAAAAUGCUUCCUUUAAUGGGUACCCAGAAAUCCUUGCACCAGCUCUAAGUUUCACUGCAUGCAAACUCUGUCUGGUAGUAGGUAUUUUCUAAAUAAAGAUGGUAACCCUGUAACUUAAUGAAGUCCUUAUAGGGCUAAAACAAGGUCAAAGAAACUAGGUGUCUCCUGGGCCCCAUUAUCAUGGCCCUUCACUCUACAGCUCAAGAGAUGAAAGAAAGUUUAGGGGCCACUUGUUGGGCUCCAAUCCAGAACUUUUUUUAAAAUUGGCUUUAAUUUGUGUUUGUGUUAAUGUGCCUCUCAGUGCUGCAGUGGAGAGCAGCAUACUUCAACUUGCAGAAAUGCUUUAUAGGUUUACUGAAGUUCACCUCUCUAUUUUUUUUAAAAGUGCUGGCUCUUUUAUAAAGCACCUAGCUUGAGUGGUCUCAGCUUUAAAUCAGAGUGUGCUCUUCCUCAUUCUCUUUAAGAACUUGUUUGAAGUGGCCGUGAAGGCUUCUCGUACAGAAGCAUUUGAUUAAAUUCUCUAGAUAAAUAUCUAAGUGGCCCAGUGUUGUCGGACCUCAAUGCUUCUUUAUGAAUAGCAUUGGUUUGGCUGUGAGAUCAUCGCUAGUCCACUGAGGUGAGGAGACCUUCUUGCCUCUGGAUUGCAGGUAAGGAGCAGGAUUUUUUAGCACACUAGUGAAAAGGACCCUGAAUCUAAAUCAGUUUUUCAAUUCUCCUUUAAUAAUAAUUCUGGAGUACUGUCACGACAAGUGACCCAAACACGCAGAAUAUAACCCAAAUAGAAAACGUAUUACCGGACCUUAGAUUGGCCGGGUUUAACGUAGGUAGUAUAGCCAAAGUCAAGGAAAACCAGAGAUCAGGAUAACGAUAAGGAAUAGCCGAGUCAGGGAACCAGAAAACAGGAUACACGGGAAAGCGAGCCAAGUCAAGAUACCAGAACGAAGAAUAGUAAAUAAACACAAGCCGAGUCAAAAUACCUAGAUACAGACAGAUAACAGGAUAGCACUAGAGGGAACAACCAGUAUACUACAAUAGGGCACUGAACAAAAGCAAAAUGUCAGGGAGCGUGGAAUAUUUAGAAUUUUCACAGCAUAGCCGCUAUGACAUUGGCGCCGCGUCAUAAAAGGAGGCAUGCAGAGAGCAUCCAGUGUCUGACAUGCUGUGCUGUUGAUGAGAGGAGUCGGCACCCGGAGCGACACCUCGCAUGUCCACGGGAGAAAGAUAAGGUAUCGUGACAAGUACUCUUUUACUUUUUUUAUUCACUUUAUGAAGCAAAGCUUUAAGUCAGCCAGGGGGCCAGCUUCGUGACUGAUUACAGUAAGGAAGCAGAUUCCAGGGCCAAAUUCAUUUGAUUGAUUGACUUUAACCCACUCACUGUGGAAUACACUAAUGAUAUAUAAGCCAGAAAAUGGAAGCUAUUUUGUCUUUCUAUGGCGUCAAUCGGAUACUAUGUAAGAAUUGUCUAAUCUUUAAAUGCUGGACAAUGUAAUGAUUACAAUAAAUAUCUUUAAAGUGAUGGUUUAUAUUUUUUCUUGCAGAUAACUACUAAAUGUCGACAGAAUGGAGCAAUAGCAGCAAGCAGAGAACUUCUCACUAGGAUAACAAAAAAGAAAGAUUGGUUUUCAAAAUUUGUGAGCGUGUUACGUAAAAUGGAAUAUAAUGAGCUUGCCAAUUAUUUAACAGGAGGCACAUUUGAAGAUUGUACAGGUACUCAUCUUUCCCACUCACUAUGCAUCUAUUCACUAUUAACAUUUUAUUUUCUUUAUCCCUCAAGGUUUACAUGCUGUACAGUCAUCAGCAUGACUCGGGGAUUAAAGGGUUGUUUUCCUUGCACUAUAGUUCCCUAUACAGCCCCACUCCCUCCCCGUGGUGCAGAAGGAGUUAAUAGCCCCUUCUGUCACUUACCUCAAUCCAGCACCGAUGUCUCUCAGUGCUGGCUCUGGUCCGCCUCCGGCCCUUGCCUCCAACAUCAGCUGGCGGGGGAGACCGCCCUCGCAUUAGGGCUUCACCCAAAGGAAAGCAUUAUACAAUGCUUUCCUAUGGGAAUUCGGGUGAUGCUGAACGUCCCCAUGCAUUGCCUUACAACUCUCAAGGCUUACAAAAACACUUCUUUAACUCUUCAAUCAUAUAUUUGCCAUCAGAUCUUCUUCGUCCAGUUCAUCAGCCUCCUGACUGUUUAUAAGCCCCUUUACCAACAUUACUGUCACAAACGCACUCUACUCAAGAGUGUGCGUGACGUAGUUGUGUUGGUGAAAGGGUUAAAGUUCACUAUUUGUCUGCACUAGACAGGAAAUAAUCAUAAAAUCCCACUUAACAUCACCCACACCUAACCAUAAUAAUACAAAUAUUACUAUUUUAACACUGCCACCACCAAGACAAUUUAUAAAUGGGGUGUCUUGGCCUCCCAGGUAACUUAUUAAUAAAAACCCAUCAAAUACAAUGUAGCACAAUAUCUAAGCAAUUGCAAAACACUAAUAAGUCUCUUCAGGUAAUGUGAUUCUUUACCAGACAAAGACAGAACUUAAUAAAUGAAUACACAGUGCAUACAAAAAUAUAGAUGAUAAAUUAUUGACACCAACAGAUAAAAACAAAAAGGAUAAAAUAACAGAAGUCCUAAUUACUUACUCAGGUUUUCAAAAUAAAACUUCUGCCUAGGGGGUCUCUGGCAAGGAAGAUGGUGACUCACUCAAAAUCAGAUUUUGACCCCAAGCAAGUCCUAACACAUUUCAGAAUUAUUAGAUAUAUACCCUGUGAAUUACCAAGUCUUGCCCAGGGGUGGAGUUAAGGCGUACCUGUAGAAACAAUAAGUGACCACACCCCUGUGUUCCAGACCAACAUCAAUCAAAAUGGAAACAUUUGGUUCAAUCUCCUCUUAUGUACCUGCUACAGAAAUAAUAAUUGCAUCUAUGAUUUUGUUACCAUUUUUUCAUUCCAUCGAUAUGUCACACUCCUUAUCUGUAACCCAAUAUAGCGGACAUCACAAUCGCUUCCCAUAUGGGUGUCAAGGUUAAUACUCCCCAACACGCAAACCAGGGAACAAUAAAGGUGACACAGAUAGACGUAUUACCGGACCUUAAAGUGGCCGGACUUAACAUAGGAACGAGGGAAGAAUAGUCAAACACGCCAAGGUCAGGAAUACAGAGAUACAGAAAAGCAAAAUAGACAGAGCCAAGGUCAGGGAGUCAGAAAAGAGAAUAACCGAUAAACAAGCCGAAGUCAGGAACCAGAGAAAAGACAACUACUCAGAACGCACUCUCGGGCUAUAAUAAACCAUGACAGGGCAAGGAAGUGAUGUCAGAAGGAGGUUAAUAUAGGGCAAGGUGAAUACUGAUAGGCAGGGACAGAACUGAAGGAGGUAUAAAUAGGUAGUGGCAAUAAGCUACUAUCUCUUUAAAAUUGGAUUCCACGUCACCCCUGCCGGUUACCUUGUGCGCGUGCGCACAUCCCCGGGCUCCCUCCCAGACGCGCGCGCGCCCCCCGCCAACAAUCCACACCGCCCGACAGGAGAGGACGGAUGGCGGGACCGGGACGUCGUGGGACACCAGGUAUGACAAUGGGUAAGUUACGCAAAUCAUGUUUAGGCUUCAUUAGCAGAUUGUGCUUGUCCCAUUCUAAAUAUAAUAAAAGAGGCUUAAUUAUUAUUCUGUGGGUAAGUAUUAAUGUUUGGAUAUGAUACUGGAAGGCUGUUUUUUUUUCUUUCUUGAAAGCUAAUGAUCAUUAACAUAAAUAAUAAAUUAAUUAAUUCAUCAAUCAAGAGGUACAGGGUUGACGUCAGUUAGUUUACAUUGGAACUAGACAUCCAGGCAUCUCAAGUGUAGAAUUUCACACCUUGCAGAGCCUUUGAUUAAUCAAAGUAUCAAUCCAUGUUGUAAACCACCUGCCCCCUUUUACAUUCCUAUACUAUUUACAUUUACAUUACCCCUUCUGUCAUUUGACCUUGCAACACAAAUUACAUUAAAUGGCAAUAUUCUAUUGUGCAACAAUGAAUUAUGCACCCUUGGUGUGACAAUUACCUUCUCCCAUUCCUGAGUCAUUGCUAGCACUUCAUUUUUUUUAAGCAAACAUGAUUAACUCAGGGCAAAAGAUGCAGUUGCUCAUAUCCCAACAUUCUACUCUUCUACAAGAACCCACAAAAUGUGCCCCUUGUGUACCUAUACAACAGCAACUGAUUUUUUAAUUUAUUUUUUAACAGGAACCCAGUACACACUUAGUUCGGCCUUGUAAUCAUCCAUCUGGCAUAUUAUUUUUCUUGCCUGCUACGUGCAAUUGCUGGGAAGCCUGGCCAUAGCUUCGUUUAGCUUAGUUCUUCCACUAAUAUUAGCUCUGAAACGCUAUUGCAAUAUGACCAGUAAGACUGUCUGUGAUGGUUACUGGAAAAACAAAUUGAUUCAGCCGAACAUUUUUUAUUUUAUUUUUUAGUGUCAAGUGAUACAACAUUCGUCCAUGCAAUCGUUUCCAGAAUAACUAUUUGGAAAAGCCAACAUGGUGGUAAAAUGGGCCACUGCAUCUGUGUACUGCAAAUUAUAUACAUAAUAUUAUAUUUACAUUUCUCUUUCUAGCUAUCUCUAUCUUUCUCUAUCAUCUCUAUCUACACUGAUAGGUGCAUUUUCCCACCAUUAGGUUUAUAGUUCACGUAAAAAAGAAGUAGCCAACAGAGCUAAAAAAGGAGGAAAAGCAAAAGAAAAUGUAUAUUAAUUAUAUAUUCCUUUAAGGACUCACGACACAUGAAUCCCACUAUGUCAACUGAGGCCAAAGGUCACAGCUAUUUUAACCUUAAAGGAACACUAUAGCGUUAGGAAUACAAAUAUGUAUGCUUAACACUGUAGUGCCCUGGUCAACUUUUAGAUGAUGACCCUACCAGUGCUGCGAGGCUUGAAAAGAUAGUUUACUUACCUUUUGUCCUGUGUUGCCCUGGUUUUGUUGGGGAAGCUCCCUCUUUGUGGCUGUGAUCAGUAAAACGCUGUGCUGCGCCAAUCAUUUGAUCUCUCUGAGACCCCCAGAUUAAAACUAUGUAAAACCCGCUGUUUAACUUUUCUAUUUUACAGAUCUUUCUCUAGUGACUAUCAUAUUGACAGCCACUAGAGGCAGAUUAACCCAGCAAAGAAAACAUCGCUGUUCCUGCACAAUGGCAAUGUUUUCAGCUGCCGUGGCACCCAGAUCAGUUUUUUGAGAGGACAUGGACUAUGUGUCUAUUGUCUUCUUUUUACUAUGCAAUUCAGUUUUCUAGCAUUUUUUAGUAUCUGCCAUGUCCUCCCCAUAUUUAUAUGGAGAGUUUUUAUAUUUGCAAUGAUGAAGUUCUGUAAUGAGUAUUUUUUUUCCAUAACAGAGAUUAAUGGGAAUGCACAAACAGUGACAGAGAAACACGAUUCCAAUGGCCACUUACAGCAGGAAGAGAAGAUUUGCGAGUCACUUGUGAAUAAUGAAAAUGAAAAGCAGGAUCUUGCAAGUGACAUCAGAGUUCAUGAAAUAUCAUGUCUGGAAAGCUCUGCUCCACCAGGUAAUGGAUUAAAAAAAAAAUAAUGUCUUGUACAAACAUGGCAGCAAAAGGUGGGAAAAUAGAUUUUUUUUUUAUAACACUUACAGUGGAAAACAGGUGAAAAAUAUAUUUUGCACAUCCUCUGUAUAAAAUAUAUAUAUCUAUAAAUAUAUAUAAUUGUGACUGAACAACCAAUAAUUAUUUUAAUUAGAAAUGAGCCCCUGUUAUUUGAAGGCUUUGAAUGAUAAUAAUUGUCUGUUUCCAACUUUUUUAAGAGCAAAAGAAGUAAGCCUACAUUUUCAUCGUAACAGGUAACAAUACAUUGUUUGCUCUGCAAAAUAAUAACAUUAACCCCUUCGCGACCACAGACGGAAAUUUUCCGUCAACCUUGUCCUUCAGUUAAGGACCGUUGACGGAAAAUUUCUGUCAUUUACCAAAGUUAACCCCAGAUCACGGCGAUCGCGGGGUUAUCGGUGCUCCGGUCUGCCUCUGUAUAAGAGGCAGACCGGGAGCACCCAAUCGGGCUGCCCCAGCACUGGUGCUCGCUCUGACAGGCUGUCAGAGCGAGCACAUGUGCUCAGUAUACUCACCUUCCGCCUCCCUGCACUUCCGGGUUCUGUGUGAAGUGAAGUGCAGGGAGACGGAUCAGUGUGGCUGAUCUUCUCUCUGUAUAAAAAAAAUAAAUAAAGUUAAAUCCCACCCCCCUCCCACCGCUUUAAUAAAAUUAACCCCUUCCCUGCCAAUUGAUUACUGAGGGUUAUUUUUUUUUUUUUUUUAACCAUCAGGGGUUACAUUUAUUUUAUUAAUUAAUUUAAAUAUUUAAAAAAAUUUAUAUUUAGCUAACUGGGAUGGGUGGAAGUUAGUGGGGAAUUGGGGAAUUUGGUGUUGGGCUAACUAGGGGUUAACGUUAAAAAAGUUUUAAAAUAGGCUUUAAAAAGGUAAAAAAAAAUGUAAAAAAAAAACACCCCCCUUUACCCAGUCUAAAUAAAAAUUAACCCCUUCCCUGCCAGUUGAUCACUGCCUACAGUGAUCACAAUACAGAUCACAGUAUUAUACUUUAAUCUAAUUUCUUUUAACCACUGAGGAUUAACUUAUUUUUGAACCCUCGGGGGUUCAAUUUAUUUAAUUAAUUAAUUUCAAUAUUUUAUAAUUAUAUAUAUUUUGCUAGCUGGAGUGGGUGGGAGUUAUGGGAAAGGGGGGGAUUUACUGUUAGUGCUGCUUACUGCUAGUUAGAGGUUAACGGUAAAAGAAAAGUUUAGAAAAAAAAUGUAAGUGUAAAAAAUGUUAAGAAAGUGUAAAACAUUUAAUAAGUAAAAAAAAAAAAUUUUAAAAAUGGGUUUUACAAAGUAAAAAAAUACAUUAAAAAAAUGCUCAUUACCACUAAACUUGGUACAAGCUAGCGGAAAAAUGAUCCCACGCUAAGGUUCAAAAUAGGCCCUUUGAAAUACCCUGGGAUGUCUUCUUUAAGAAAUGGUAUGCUUUUAUGGUGUAAUUGGAUUAUAUAGCCUUGUAAAAUACUCUAAAAUGGGACAUGGACACAGCGUAAAAAUUCAAAAUUUGAGAAAAACUGGAAUGGCUGUGUCUCAAAUGUGCCCCUUCAAUGUCCACAUAUACCUGGCAAAGGUACAUAUGGGGGUAUUGCUGUACUCAGCCGACAUAGCUGAGCAACAUAUGAAGUAGUAUACAGUUGUAGUACACAUAAGGUUUGCAAAAUAUACUGCGCAAACUCGCUUUGUGUGUCAAAAAGGCAGAAAAAAUGCUUAUUACCACUACACUUGGUACAAGCUAGUAGAAAAAUUAUCCCACGCUAAGGUUCAAAAUAGGCCUUUUGAAAUACCCUGGGAUGUCUUCUUUAAGAAAUGGUAUGCUUUAUGGUGUAAUUGGAUUAUAUAGCCUUGUAAAAUACUCUAAAAUGGGACAUGGACACAGCGUAAAAAUUCAAAAUUUGAGAAAAACUGGAAUGGCUGUGUCUCAAAUGUGCCCCUUCAAUGUCCACAUAUACCUGGCAAAGGUACAUAUGGGGGUAUUGCUGUACUCAGCCGACAUAGCUGAGCAACAUAUGAAGUAGUAUACAGUUGUAGUACACAUAAGGUUUGCAAAAUAUACUGCGCAAACUCGCUUUGUGUGUCAAAAAGGCAGAAAAAAUGCUUAUUACUACUACACUUGGUACAAGCUAGUAGAAAAAUUAUCCCACGCUAAGGUUCAAAAUAGGCCCUUUGAAAUACCCUGGGAUGUCUUCUUUAAGAAAUGGUAUGGCUUUAUGGGGUAUUUGGAUUAUAUAGCCUGGUAAAAUAGUCUAAAAUUGAACAUGGACACAGCGUAAAAAUUCAAAGUUUGAAAAAAACUGGAAAGACUGUCCCAAAUGUGCCCCUCCGAUGUCCACAUAUGCCAGGCAAAGGUACAUAUGGGGGUAUUUCUGUACUCAGCCGACAUAGCUGAGCAACAUAUGAAGUAUUAUACAGUCGUAGCACACAUACGACUUGCAAAAUAUACUGUGCAAACUCACUUUGUGUGUCAAAAAGGCAAAAAAAUGCUUAUUACCACUACACUUGGUACAAGCUAGCGGAAAGAUUAUCCCACGCUAAGGUUCAAAAUAGGCCUUUUGAAAUACCCUGGGAUGUGUUCUUUAAGAAAUUGUAUGCCUUUAUGGUGUAGUUGUAAUAUGUAGCCUGCUCAAGUGCUCCAAAGUGGGACACAGGCGCAUCAAAACCCUCCAUGAAAAUUCACACUUAAAAAAAACUUAACUUGUCACAUCUCUUUUACAGCAGUGUAACUUCACAAAAUAGUGUCUAGGUCAUACAUUGUGCAUAUUGUUUUACUCAGAAGACUUAGCUGAGCAUAAUGUGGGGUGUUUUCCUUUUCUAUAAUGUUUUUUUCCCUUUUUAAUUUAGGACUUUUUCACAACUGUAUAUAACCUCUGAUUGUACGAAUUAUGUUUAAAGUAUUAGACAUCAUUCAGUUCACUUUUUCAAAUAUGUUUCUAUUCAUUACGAUUAGUGAGCAAUGUGAUUUCUCUGUCAUAAUAAUAUGCAUCAUUUUACAAGGUAUCAUUUCUACAUAUUGUUGCACAUUACAAAAUGAUACACAUAUAGGUUAUAAUUCAUGCAAUUUUUUUUUAUAAUACAAACUGAUGAACGUUUUCAUUUAACAUGUACAAUAUGCAACAAAAUAAUGAUACAUUAGUUAAAUGGUGUAUGUUAUUAUUAUGAUUCUGUGCAAGGCAGGUGCUCUUGAGUUCAAUGCAAAUAAGCUAACCAAACCAGGAAGUUACAGUUGUCUGCUUGAAAAGUCAGGGGGUGUAACCAGUAUAAUUUUUUAAAAGUAUCAAUUUCUAAUGAAAUCUUCACUAUUUCCAAAAUGAAAAAAAAAAAAAAAAAAAGAGGACGCACUCUUCACAUAUAAAGCUUUUCAGCAAGCUAAAGUGGUUUAGUGGUCUGGAGUGUCCCUUUAAUAAAAUGGGGUCUCAUACAUUUAAACUGAUGUUUAACACAAUCAUAGGAUGAAGAAUACUAUCCUGCCAUGAAUUGCAAAAUAACAGCCAACUUAUAUUACAUAUAAUAAGUUUUUUUUCUUAGUUAUUGCAUUUGCCAAAUGUUUAACUAACAGGUAAUGUUCCAUGCACGCUUAAAACUGAUUGUGCUUCUGAAGCCCAAACCACAUGUAUAUCACUUUAAAAACUUAAAGGGACACUGUAGGCACUUUGACAACUUCAUAUUUUCACCACCAUAUUAAUGAAGUUGUCAUAGUGCCUACAGUCCUGUACCCUUUUCCUAUCCCUCAAAACCCUCUAGGUAAUUAAUUAGAGGGCUUUGAAGCGUGGCCUCAAGCACUCUCGGUAUGAGAGCUGGGAAGGUUACUUCCCAGUUCUCAUACCGUAACAUGCAUGCGCAGUGCCAUCUGGGUCGGCCAUAGAGAAUUAUUGUAUUCAUUGAUUCUCAAUGGCAGUAACUUAGGCACAUCACUGCGAGCAGCGCACUCUUUGAGGAGCAUUGGAUUGGCCCAUCAUCCUGGAGGCGUGCAUCACUGAAGAAGGAGGUUGCGCCAGCACCGAAGGAGACUCGACGCUGGAGAAGGAUGAGUAAUACGUUUUCAAAAUUAUUACUUUGUUUUUAGUUUUAUUUUACAGGGGGGUACACCAAAUUGUAUAUGAGCACCAGUGCUGUAGCGUUAGGAAUACAGUUAUGUAUUCCUAAACAUACAGUGUUCUUUUAAAGGAACAGUAUAGUGUCAGGUAUAGAAAACAUGUAUUCGAAAUGCUAGAGUGUUACUACAAUUAUUUACAUAGCACCAACUCAUGAUUAACAUACUGGAACAGUAGGGGAGGAGGGUCCUUCCCAAAUGAGCAAAAAACAUAAAAAUCCCUUAUGCAAUAUAAAACACCAGUGGUUAAAAAGGGGGUAAUUAUGAAAAUAAGUAAUCCUAUAAAAUAGUAGAUGUUUAGAAGAUUCCUCGGAUCUUCUGAAUAUACAUAUACAUAGAGAAAUAAACUACCUACAAAAUAAAAUCAGAAAGGACCACAAAUGGGGCAGACCAAAAAACACCAGAUAAUAGCUAGUGUAAAAAUGCACUCACAAGCAUAAAUUUAAAGCAGGCAGAAUAGGAAAAUAUCGGUAGAACUUCUUUCUUUCUUUCUCUACUUCCUAACUUCUGUGCAUGUUAGGAGAGAAGAAACAAAACACAGUGCAACACUGUAUAACACCAACAAGAACACUUUAUUUAAUGCACUCACAAGAUAAUUAUAGGAUCACUAUAGCGUUAGGAACACAGACAUGUAUUCCUGACCCUUUAGUGUUUAAACCACCAACUAGCUCCCCUGGGCCACUCAUGCCUCCAUAAAUAUAGCAAAAUCUUACUGUAUUCAAGCCUGAAGCUGUAACUUUGCAUGCUGUUUGAUUCAGAAAAACAAGCAGUCUGCUGACAUCAUCAGAAGUGGUAGCCUGAUCCAAUCACUGUGCUUCUCCAUAGGAUUGGCUGAGACUGACAGAGGCAGAUCAGGGGCAGAGCCAGUAUGAUUGAACAAAUUCAAUAAGCUGUAGUUGUUCUGGUGACUAUGGUGUCCCUUUAAAAAGUAAACGCCCAUAACAGUUUCUUUACUCUCAGUAGCAAUUCUGUAUACAACCUCCAGGAGCCAGAAAUCUGUUGUGAAGGCAAUCGGUAAAACACAGGAAAAACGGUGUUCUUUCACCCUACGCAUCUCGUCUAUAAAUAUAUUUCUUCAGGGGUAUUCAGCGUGUGUCUGACAAUUCUACCAAGUCCUGUGUUUAAAAACCCUGGUUUGCUUCUCCCAAAUUGCCUCACAAGCAAUCGGGACAGAGCUGGUCGACCUGAUGUCGAUAAUCCUCAUUUGCGUGUCAUGCCUUUUGCUUUGGAAAUCAAAUGUGUUCUAUCUUCAUGUAAGUUUAAAUCCACUCGAAAGUCUCUUCACAAAGUCCAUAAAUAAGAAAAUGUAACAGACAUGAAACAGGUAUAAAUAAAAUCUGGUAAUAAAUAUUUUAAAAUCUUAAAAUAACCAAUCAUUAAUAACGAGAGAAGAGAGAGAGAGAGAAAAAAAGAGAUCCUAGACCUAAAACUCUCUAAAACUUACUUGUGAAAAACAAAGCAUAUCAAAAUCAACAUUAAGACCAUCAGGCUGCAUGGUCUUGAGUAUAAAUCCAGAAACCCUCUCUCUGUCUUAACUUUAACACUAAAUCACUUUUGUGGUCCUUUCUGAUUUUAUUCCUGCCCAAAUGGGCUUACUAUCUAAAAAUCUAAAAUAACUAUUUAGCUAUCUGGACCCUCGCAGAUGAAAUAAAUAAAGCAAUUUACUUACCUGUUAGCCCUCGCAGCAUCAGACUCCAUGCGAUCUCCCUGGCUGUGACCUCUGUGCUUAUGAUCUCACUCAAUCCAAUGCUUUCUCAAAGGGAAGCAUUUGGAUGCUAGUGCGCAUGUGCUGCAAAAUGCUGGCUGUGCCAAUCAGGAUCUCCUCAUGCUUCUUCUACGUCAGUGUAUCUAUAUGGGGAGUGCUCAGUGUCUCCGUGCAGAGUGUGGAGAUGCGGAACAUCGGUUCUGCAAUCUUUGCAGGACCAAACCCAGGAAAUCUCUUCAGUGGCUGUUUGAAUGACAGCCACUAGAAGUGACCUUAGGCAGCAAUGUAAAUAUUGGCUUUUUUUUCAGAAAAGGCAGUGUUUACACAACUGAGGCUGUCGGGACAGGCUGUUUGCCCCAGAAACACUACAUUAAGCUGUAGAGGUUCUGGUGCCUAGUGUGUCCUUUUAACCCCUUAAUGUGUGACAUGUCAUGAAUCCCUUUUAUUCCAGAAGUUUGGUCCUUAAGGGGUUAAAGCAGCUCCAAACCUAUACUCAAUUUACAUCACACUGCAGAAAUGUCACUGCGGAAAUAUUUGCACAACCCCAAAGCAAACUAAAAAUUUGCUACAAAUUGAGCUUUUAUUUUUGUAGCAAAUUCUCCACAGUUUUUCUUUUUAUUACAUGGAAUGUGUGGCUGUCUGCGCAUUAGCGCAGUUAGCGCAUGGCAUGUAAAUUAGCAUGUAAGCUCAUCGAGCAGGGCCUUCAACCCCCUCUGUUCCUGUACAUCCAGUGGUCUGAUCUCAAUUAUGUCUGUUAGUCCACCCAUUGUAUAGCGCUAUGGAAUAUGUUGACGCUAUAUAAAUAAAAUAAUAAUAAUAAUAAUAAUAAUAAUUACUCUCUACACUGCCAUUUGCUUGGACAUGCUUAUGGGACUUUUGAAAGAAUGGGGAAGCCUAACAAAAUGGAAAUAUUUUAUAUUUAUGUUAACAGCACUAGACAUGUGCAUUCAGUUUCAAACAAACUUGGCAGGUUGUCCGAAUUAAAGUGCUAUAUGAACAUAUAACUUAACAAACGAAUCGCGCAAUGGAUGAGCAUGUUUGUUUGAUUUGUGAUUUUCACAUCCAUCUGUGGAGCUAAAUACAUUUUUAAAAAAAAUUCUUUAUUUUAAUGUUCGUAUAUAUUAUAUAUUGCUUAUAGACAGUGGAAAUACACCGUUAAAACAGUUCGCUACAGAAGAAAAAAGGGGAGACAGGGGCAAUACAGAAUGAAGAUAUCGUUGGUAGAGUGGGACAUCUAUUUUUUUUGGCUUCACGGAUGGAACUCCAAAUGUUGGUUUUAUUCACAGGUUAAGUGAGAUGUGACCCAUAAAGGGGGAAAAAAAAAGAAGUGGCAAUAAAAUUCUAUAUUUUGUAUAUAAUAUAGAUACAUUUAUAAUAUAUAUUUUUUACUGCUACUCCUUUUUUCCCUCUAUUGAUUACUUUUUCUCACUCGUUCAGUGUACUAUAAAAUAUAUACAUAAUACUUGUUUUGCAAUACACUGAUCCAUUUUGAAAUAAAUAUAAAACUCAAAUAAAACAGCUACACAUAUACAAUCCCCAUCACACACGAACAAAUUAAUCACAAAUGACAAACAGCUUGAUUACAUAUAUGUAGAUCCCUAUCAACUGGCCCAUCUUACACUUCUACAACUAAACCUUUUGGAGCUCAGUCCCUCCUCUCUCAAACUCUCACCAGUACAGUUACCUAUACAUGUGCCCUUCCCCUUCCCUCUCCUCCCCCAACAAAAAUUAAAUAAGCUGACACUACUAGUCAAUAGUUAAAUAUUCAGCCCCCGGCAAUGUAGGCAGGGUGUCCACCUAAUACCACUUAUUUCAGACUGCCAGGGGCGAGGGUGGACAUGCUCUGCAGUCUCAGCCAGCGGAGGUCUAAGUCAUGCUCUGCACACAGACUCACAUAGACGAGUGGCCUGGGGUGAGAGCAUUAUCAAGGGAGUGGUGCACUUUACCCUUUCCUGCAUUCUUUUACCUUAGUCAGGUGACUUUAACAAAGUGUGUGAGAUUUAAGUUUAUAAGAGUGAAUUUCAAAUUUAAGGUGGAGCAGCCAAACUGGAAGCACAACUCGAGAAGCAGAAUGGAACUAGUUUAUAAGUCAGACAUUUUCAGUUCUGUAGAAAGACCACUAAACUAGGUUCCGUGAUUUUUUUUUUACAGAACUGAGAAUGCCUGACUUAUAAACUAGUUCCACUAGUGUACACUAACUCCUUUUAGACGUGGGAAUGUUUUUAGUCCAUCAAAAUUAUCAUAUUUCUGUAGUGACCAUCUGUGUGUACUAUAUCCUAGCUAUUAGAGAUUAGAACUGUGUAUUUAGCAGAAAAUAGAUAGAAUCAUUAGGUGUCCAUGAAGGCACAAGCUUGAUACUAGUGAUUUGAACCCAAGACAAUACUAUUAGCUGUCCAUGAAGGCACAAGCUCAGCUAACUCCAGAGACCAUAGGAUUAAGCUGUAUAUCUAUACUUUAGAAUUCUUCCUAGGUUGCCUUCUAUAUUAUACUUUAGAAUUCUUCCUAGGUUGCCUUAUAUAUUAUACUUUAGAUGAUUACCCUGUUUAAUAGGUUACAGCUGUGCUGAACUCAACAGCAACCUACUAACACGGACUUUGGCUACAAUACACGUUGAUCUAGGGCAGGCUUCCCCAAACUCCGGCCCUCCAGAUGUUGCUGAACUACAACUCCCAUGAUUCUCAGCCUAUCUAUUUCAUUCACAGAAUCAUGGGAGUUGUAGUUCAGCAACAUCUGGAGGGACGGAGUUUGGAGAAGCCUGAUCUAGGGACUUCCCUAAUCGACCAUCAACCACCUAACCAACCAUCAACCACUUAAGAUUGAUCGAGCAAUUCAAAUUGACUGGUAGGGUCACCAUGAACUGCCUAUCUAUUACUCCCUCGUUGUUCUAGAAACUAAACGUUUAGACGAUUGUCCCCUAUUUUAAUGCCCUUGUUGGCAAACCAUUAACAGUACUUCACCUUCUUAUAGCAAUUUGAUGCAAAUAGUUGCUACUUUUUGGGACACAGCAACUAUCUUACGAUCUCCAUAUGACUAAGACAGUUUAUACAGAGAGAUAAUUUGUAACAUUUGCAACAAUAUUGGCCAUCUCUGCUUUAUCUUGGUAUUUGGCAGUGUACAAGGGCUCACUAUUUUUUUUUUUUUUUCUCUCAUUGAAUUUAUCUAUUAUUAUGUAUAUAUUUUAUAUUGCAUUUAAUAAAUGUUAACUUUUAUUUUCAUGCUUUACUGUAUUUACUAUUCAGGGGGUUGUUUCCCUUUUAAGAAGCACAUAUGCAUUAUUAUUAUUUAUUUAUUUAUUUAUUCAUUCCCCAUUUGCAAUCUAUGACCUAGGAGUUAUCACCCAUUUUUUCGAGUGUUGCAUUGAGUAAUGUGGGCUCUUUUUCUUCCUAAUCAUUAUAUUUGAUAUUCUGCAAUAAGUUUACUUUGGAAUAAAAUGUAUUUUUCUAUAUCUGGAUCCCUGAUAUCUAUUGGAUAUACUCCAAGCCUGUAUAGGAACCCUGGGGCAUUAUAUACAGAGCCUUGUAUGGCUCUGCAUCAUGUGAGUUUGAUUCCAAUCUCAUUACUACUUUUAGUUGUUUUACAGUUUUGUUUAUACAUUCUCUUUUAGGGUAUCUAUAGAUAUUUGUGGAUUCCUAAUGAUACAUCCUAUGGAUUUCGAAGUAAAUUUAGUGUGUUACACGGACGUGUAAUGGUUUUAUUUUUUAUUAUUAUAUGCAGUUGUUAUGGUGCACUAACUGCCCCAUUGUAAGUAUUAUACCUGGAAUGAGCUAGACAUGCGCUCUCACUUCCCUCUCACUUUACUAUCGGCUCCGGCCCUUUGAUAACACACAGAUCAGAGAACAUGGCAGCCAUCUUACAUCAGUCAGAGUGGAGCAGUAAUGUUGCAGCUGAUGUGUCCUCCUAUGUUCCUGUCAAUAAUCAUAAACAAAUUAUAAAGUAAAAGUGCAGCAAUAAAGAAUGUUGUAUAUAACUACUAAGACUCAUAUCUGAAGCAGACAAUGAGUGUAACAGUAAUCGGUCAAAUCGGUUUUGAUUGGUUUGACUUCAUACCUGGGGACCCCUUGACGCCACUCCCUGUAUACACUAUUAACACUGGAGAGCCAAAAAUUCCCAAGCCGGAGCUUUUGUUGGCUCUCCUGAGUAAAGCCAUGCAACACAGGUAUAAUCGGCUUUCUGGGAUAUUGUUACUACUACAUAUCCCUGUAGUAAAUCUAUACAUACAGCUGAAUGGUGUGUGGCAAACAGAGUUGCUGAGAAUCUACUGUGAAAUCUAAUAUGUGAUACACAGGCUAAAUUACAAAAGUAACAGGAUUUCGUAGAGCAUUGAUGCAACUUGAUAUGAAAUACAUAGAUGGGUACACUGUUUAAUGAAAUGUAGCCAUUGAAAUUGACACAAAUCCACUCUAAGCUCUCAGGUAUGGUAACAGACUUAGUAGAUAGUUAUUAACUAUGAUUCUAUGAAAUAAUCGUAUAGUAGAUAGUUAUAAAAUAUAACUCUGUAAAAUAAUUGUAUACAGAUGCUCCUCACUUUACGACCAACCCACUGAAUGACAACUCAAAUUUAGUAGAUCAUUCACGGAAAAGAUGCGAGGUACAGCUUUGCACUGUAAAUCUGUACCUCAUCUUUGCCGCGAAUGAGAAACCGACGAAUGUGAACACAGCAAAAUUCAAUGUGAAUUUCGCCACGUCCAGAGGGAUCCCAGUAUAGUACAUUUAGUACCUGUACUGUUCGUCAAGGGUCAUUCGUGGGUUUUCAUUUGCGGCAAAGAGGUGAGGUACAGCUUUGCAAUACAUUUGUUCUGUGAAUGAAAACCCAAGAAUAAGAAAUUUAGCGAAUGAUAAGCAGUGGUCCUCGCUUAUCGACCAUGUCACUUAACAACCCUCAUAGGAACGGAACUCGGUCAUUAAGUGAGGAGCACUUGUAGUAUAUAGUUAUAAACUAUAAUUCUAUGAAAUAAUCGUAUGAUGGUAUAAGGAUAUCACUAAGUACAUGCUCUGUAUGGCAGUCACAGUUAUAACAUAACCAGAAACAGCAUCUGGCUAGCUGAUGGUCUCCCAUAUCACCUUGGAGCCUCAGGCUCAGUUUUUUUAUUUAUUUAUUAUAGAAAUGGUAAUAUCUUACAAAGAAUACGGUAUUUCUACAUUUUAGGUUGACCUCACCCACUAAUAUAAUAUGGCAUUUCCCAAAAUCUAAAAUACAUUAAGAAAGUUUUCCUGGAUAUUAUUUGCAUCUGUUCCAAUACACUUAACAGUAGAAAACAAUAAAGUAAUUACGUAUGAUAGAAAUAAAUAUAUAUUUAUAUAUACUGGACUAGACAUGAGGUCAAACUUUUUUAAAAUAUUUAUUACUAAAAUUCCCAGUCAAAGCAGAAAAAUACUACAUAAUAUUGUCCAGCAGAUGGUGCUAGUUCCAAAUAAAUGCUCUAGUAUUUUAGUCUCCAGCUAACUUUUACUUUUUUGUUCACUAUUAGCCAUUUUUUAGUUUCCAUAUUUUGUUAUAUUUUCAUUUUACUUGUUUAUUAUUUAUUAUAAAUAAUUCAAAUUAACUUUACCAAAGAUUACAAUUUUGAAAGAGAGAGACUUCCUUCUUCAUGUUCCUAUUUACCUUCUUCUCCCUCUUCCGUUAUAUUGAUUGUUAUUUAAUAAAUGUGAUAACGUUUUGAAUUCAGUAAAGUCUUGCGUGAUAUGUUUAGUUCCAAUAAAAGAAAAAAGUUAGCACUAGCUCAAGUUCCUAUACAUAUAUAAAUAACCAGAGAACUUUUUAGUAUCACUCGAGUGGCCCAUCUGCCACGUCAAGGCAAAUUCAAUAGAACAAUUAUUAGGUUGCACCAUAGUUUUUUUAAAAUUGUGUGUUAAAAUACUUUAAAGGUAUUUAAAAAAAAUGUACUUACAGUAAAACGGCCAAUCAGAAAUGUUACAGUCUAAAAUAUAAGAUAUAGAAAUUAGUAGGAAGCCCAAUUUUGAGGUACAGGGAUGAGGAGGUGUAGAUCUAUAUUCGUGGAAGUCUUGGAAUAGCUGUUUCUCUUGAUCCAGUUAAAACAUAAGGUAAAAUAAAAACUAAAAUGGUGAGUAGGACCACUGCGGAGUAUACAUUUCCCAUCACGUGCCUGUGACUGACUAUACCGUUUUAGUUUUUCCUUUUACCUUAUGUUUUAACUGGAUCAAGAGAAACAGCUAUCCCAAGUCUUCCACGAAUAUAGAUCUGCACCCCAUCAUCCCUGUACCUCAAAGUUGGACUUCCUACUAAUUUCUAUCUCUUAUAUUUUGGACUGUAACAUUUUUAUUUGGCAUUUUUACUGUAAGUACAUUUAAAAAAAAAUACCUUUGAAGUAUUUUAACACACAAUUUAAAAAAAAACUGUGGCGCAACCUAAUCAUUUUUCGAUUGUAUACUACUCUUUUCUUUCACGGUCUUUGAGGGAACCUCCUACUCCUAGGUUUUGCUGCUUGAUCCAUAAGCUGUCUGUCUACACUAACAAUUCACCUUGCUUCUCUCAGCCUCAGGUAAAAUACAUUUUUGAGACAGAAAGGGGUAUUUUUCUAAAACCCUACAAACUUAUUAACCCUUAAUAGUAAAGACAUGUUUUUAUUUUAUUUAUUUUUGUCUGUUUGUAUUUGCUUCCACACAGCCAUGUUAUAAUGAUGCCGCCCAUCCCACGUGUUCCCUACUAAGGGUUAAUAAGUACGCAGGGGUUUAGAUAAAUAUCCAUUUCUGUCUCAUUAGAUAUUUUUUUACCUGAAGCAGAGAGAAACAAUGUGAAUUGUUAGAGUGGGAUUCACCUAAGACAGGCUUCCCCAAACUCCGGCCCUCCAGAUGUUGCUGAACUACAACUCCCAUGAUUUUCAGCCUAUCUAUUUCAUUCAUAGAAUCAUGGGAGUUGUAGUUCAGCAACAUCUGGAGGGCCAGAGUUUGAGGAAGCCUGACCUAAGAGGUUUGCGUUGAAGUGUCAGGUGGGCUUACAUCUAAUGGCCUUUAGAGUGAUGCUAAAAAACUCCAGUUAUUUAAAUGUGUGUAGGGUCUUGGGAUAGUGCGUAAGUAACUUUUUUUUUUUUGUAUGUAUUGGGGCUGAUGUGUACCAUAGUCAUUGCUGCCGCCCAGGAGUAGUGGGAGUUUGAGCACAGGACUUAUUUUUGUUUAUAUUAUACAUUUACUUACUAAUCAGCCAAGCUGAAUUGGAUACUUUUUCCAUACCAGCUAAUUCUUUUACCAACAUUUUGACAUUCUUUUUUCAAUUAUCUGCAAUUUUGAGUUCAAACGAAAAAACUCUAAAUCCCCAACUCACAUAAAUGAGCAGUAGGUUUUGUUUGGGUGUAGGUGCAAAAACCAUACUGUAUAGUCAACAUUUUAAGCUUAAGGUUGCCUUACAGACUAUUUCAUAUGCACAAUCAAAGGUACCCAAGGUUGGAUUGGCAAAUAUUUGCUAAAUAGAAAGUAUGUGUCAUCCAGGUCUUGUAAUGACUUAUUCCAAGCAAGCAGUAUUGCAAAUAGAUGUUGUACAAUACACAUGUGGCUCAACAACUUAAUACCUUUAAAGGUUAUUUGUUUAGUGAACAUGGUGAAAGAGUAAUGUUGUCAUUGUACCGCUUACUAAAUUAUCCAAAGAUCUUGCCUGUUUCCUGUGCAAACAAAAUUAAAAUGUUAAAUCCUAUUUAUGCAAUAGGAUUCUAGAAUUUCACAUAUUUUACAUUCUGUGUCUGUUUUUUCUUUUCAGACUUGAACUCAGGUUGUGCAGAUGUAGGAAAAAAACAACUGUUGGAAACUAAUGGACCGGCCAAAGAAGGUAACAUUUUAUAUUAAUUGAACUGUUUGCAACCUAUGAAAAAAUAUAUGUAUAUAAUGUAAAGUUUCAUAUUUCUUUAUCGCUCAGAUUCCUCUAUCCUCUCUUCUUUAAUGACACUAACUUAAUUAAUUUAAAAUACAUACUGAAAUUGCAUCGUUUUAACAAAUCUCAUAAAUUAUUUUGUUUUCAGACAACACUACAAAAUGUAACCAGCAUAUUUCACCUAUAUGCACAUGUUAUACUGUAUGUGUACACAACCAUAUCUGCACUAGGUGUAUCACCUAUCCCCUUCAUUAGAUAUUCUGGAACAGAGUUCUGGGCUGUCCAUGUCACGUGUGCAACUAGCUGCCAGCACAGGAGUACAGAUAACUCAGUAUGUGCAGUGUUUCAAGCUAAACACUGCACAUACAUACUCCUCCUACCUGAAGUGGUCAUGGUAGUUGGAGUCACUGAAGUGGCCAUGGUGGUUGGAGUAACCAUUUAAAGUUCAAGGGAAGAAACUGGUAUCCCUCUGGCACUGAUAACACUGACCUGCACCCUUCACACGUUUUUGGUAAUAGAAAGGAGCCUCUUGGUUGUCAGUGUCCACUGGAUUCAUAUCUUCUACUAAUUAACCCCUCAUCUGCUGCACAUAAGUAAAAUAAAUGGUUGUCCAUUGAGUGUGUCUCCUUUAGUGUGUCUGCGGAACCCCUGCUAAUUAUUAAAUCCUUUGUUAUCUCACAUUGGAUGUAGCUAUUGCGGAGGAUAUUGAACAGAAAGUGGAUUCACUGGAACCCAUCACACACACUGAGAGCUAAAAGGGCUCUGAGCAAGUCUCUCCUAGUUGAAAGGGGGUCACCUAGACCCUUGCAGUUAUUUUUGUAAACCCAUCCCACAUGAACGUGGAUGAUGGAAUGUGUCUGCUUGUUUAGCCAUUGGCACACUUGGCAUUUAUAUUAACUCUCAUAAGACUGUCCACGUGUGAGAUAAUAGGUGGGCUUAUUUAAUAGAAAGCUUGGGGACCAAAGAUUGUUUUUGCAUAUUUUUUAAAUUAUUUUAUCCUCUGGGAUAACUUUACUUUUCUGAAAAUUACUCUGUUUAUUCUCACAGAAGGAUCCAGUUGGAAUAUUUAGCGGUUUCGUUGUUUGCUCACCCAGUCAGGGUAGUAUUUUGUGGCCUUUUUUAAUUCUUCUCUUUUUUUUAGUGGUAAAGAGUUGCCUAGCAACACCGCAUUAAGCACUUAAUAUGCACUACACUUACAAUGUCAAAUAUAUAUAUAAACACUUGUCAUAAAGUACCAUGCAGGCUCACUCUCUUGUGUUGCUAUACUAUGAUACCUGUAGGUUCAUGGUCCCAGUGCCACAAGAGACAACUGCUGUGUUUGAGCAGACUCACUCACCUGGAUCACCAGCCAGAGAAACUGUCUCCACUACGUAAAUACAUUUUUAGACGGUUUUUGGAUGUCUUUUUGGCGAAUUGCAGCAAUUUAGUUUUAAAAUGUGCGUACUUAUUAAUGUACCACCAUUUAAGAUAAACUAUACACAAAAUACAACUGUUCUCUGUAGAAAGGUAAAAAGCAGCCCUUAAAAAUACAUUUUUAAAUUAAAUAAUAUAUAUGAAACAGCCAGUGUGUUGCAGUAACUUUUUUUCUUCUUAAAGGAGCACUAUAGGGACAAGAACACAAACAUGUAUUCCUGAUCUGCCAUUUAGCCCCCCACCUCCAUUGCCUCUGUAAAUAUAUUAAAAUCUUACUUGUAUUCAAGUCUGCAGCUGUUGCCUCUGCCCCUGAUCUGCCUGCUUACCUAACAUCAUCAGAAGUUAUUAUCUGAACCAAUCACAAUGCUUUUCAAUAGGAUUGGCUGAGACUGUCAAGGAGCAAGAUCAGGGACGGAGCCAGCACAAGUCAAACACAGCCCUGGCCAAUCAACAUAUCCUUAUAGAGAUGAAUUGAAUCAAUGCAUCUCUAUGAGGAAAGUUCAGUGUUCAGAGGGUGGAGACAUUGAAUGGCAGUGCUGUGCCCCAGAAAUCACCUCGAGUAGCCAUCACAGGAGUGGCCACUGGAGGUAUCCCUAGGCUGUAAUGUAAACACUGCCUUUUCUCUGAAAAAAUAGUGUUUACUGCAAAAUGCUCAAAGGAAAUGAUUCUACUCACCAGAACAAAUACAAUAAACUGUAGUUGUUCUGGUGACCAAAGGGUCCUUUUAAAAGUACCUUUUCAUUCUUUUCCCUGACAUUUUCAUUAACUUCAUUAAAUUUAAGGCCAAUAUAGCCAAACUGUUUAAAAAAAAAUUAGCCAUGCUUCCAGUUCAGCUACUUUGGUCUUCAAUUGGAACUUCACUUUGAAUUCAGUUUGACAUUUCACUUUACUGAAUAAUUCUGAAUAUAUGCCAUCAUGUUACUUGACUUGUUUGCAUUAUGUGAAAAUUGCCACUUAGUCUGAAAUCUUUUAAAAUAUAAUUUAUACAUUUUAAUAAACCGGCCAGAAUGUUUUAUAUUAAUAUUCUAACUGUUUAAAGUGCUUUUGUAAAUCAUAGUCAGUGUUUUAUUCUAUAUUUAUUAAUGCAAAAUUUUCUCAGGUGAUAUUAUAUACUAUUUCUUAUGUACAAUCAUAGGUAACCAAGGUUGGAUUGGCAAAUAUGUGCCAAGUCGAAAGUAUGUGUCAUCCUGCUGUCGUAAGGAUUUAUUCCAAGCAUGCAGUCUUGCAAAAAGAUGCUGUACAAUACACACAUGGCUCAACAACUUAAAACCUUUAAAAAAGGUCAUUUGUUUAGUGAACGUGGUGAAAGAGUAGUGUUGUGUCGCUUACUCAAUUAUCCAAAGAUCUUGCUUAUAUCCUGUGGAAACAAAAUGAAAAUGUCAAAUCAAAUCAUAUUUAUGCAAUAAGAUUCUAGAUUUUCACAUAUUUCACAUUGUAAUGUGUCUCGUUAUUUUUAUUUUCAGAUCUAAACUCAAGUUUGUCAGAUUCAAGUGUAAACCAAUCAUUUGAGAGUAAUGGGACGGCCAAUGAAGGUAAAAUUUUACAUUACGUUAACCGUUUGAAUCCUAUGAAACAAAAACAUAAGUGUAAUGUACAGUUACUUUUUAAAAAAAUUUUAACUUAUUUUUUUAGUAAUUUAAAGUGGAAAUUGGUGGAAUUCAAAAUUAGCUAAACUGGACGCAUAGAUGACUUGGAGAAUUUUUCAGGUUUUACUAUUUUGGCCUUAGAGGAGCACUAUAAUGCCAGGAAAACAAACUCCUUUUCCUGGCACUAUAGGGUUAUUAAGUUCCCCCCAUGCUCAUGGCCCCCCUCCCGCUGGGCUGAAUGGGUUAAACCCCCUUCAGCCACUUACCUUUUUCUAGCACCGGACUCCCUCGACACUGGGGAACUCUCCUCCUCCUGCCGACGUCAGCGCUGAAUGCGCACACGCAUUUAAAUUGCCCACUUGAAAGCAUUACUCAAUGCUUUCCUAUGGACGUCCAUCGUCUUCUCACUGUAAUUUUCACAGUGAGAAUCGCCGAAGUGCCUCUAGCGGCUGCCAUUGAGCUGAAGUGGUCUGGGUGACCAUAGUGGUCCUUUAAAUGCUAAAUUCACUUCAAAUUCGCUUUGAAUUCCAAACAAUUCACACAUUAGUGAAUAACCCUGAGAGUAAAUCUGUUGAAAAAGUAAAAUCAGUGCUGAAAAAAUAUCUUGGUGUACUCCCCCUAAAAACAUUUAUUUCUAUACCUUCUGCACUUCAAAUUGACCCUGCAUAUACGGCACCUAGACUGACCAAAUGUUGUCCUAAUUUGUACUGUGGGGAUGUUCAUUAUAUGCAAAGAUUGGUCUUUACCUACAGAAGCAACAGAGGAGGUCUGGUGAAAAAUUGAACUGGGAGACAUGAUAUAGACACUAAAAUUGCUUCCUUAAGCUAACGUUGUUUUGGUGCUUAGAGUAUUUCUUUAAGCAUUUGUCAUAAUGAUACUUUAUGAGGUGCAUGGAUGUAGCUAAGACCUAUUACCUUAUGUGUCCCUUUAUUUCCCCCUCUAUUUAUAUGUAUCUGGGACACAUUUAUCUUCUUAAGAUACAAUGUGGUUACUUACUCAGCAUUGUGGAAAUGCAAAACUUAUGUGUAAUUUGGAUUUAUGAAAACAGUAAAAAUCACCAACUCAUUUGUUUUUAUAUAAGUUUGCAGUCCUUUCAAUUUGCUUCUUGCGCAACUGACAUGAGAAAUGUUUGUGUAAUUAUUUUGGUAAAAAAAAACUUGUCUACUUUUUCAAAAGUCCCCGAAAAAAAUCAGCUGACCUAAAUUGACCGUGUUAAACCAUCAUGCUCACAAAGCUGAUUCAUAAUAUCCCGUCAUGUGAUGUGUAAAAGAAGCUUUAAAUCUCCCUUUUAAAUAUUUUCACUUUAUACCAUAUUUCUUCACAAUGUUUAACCCUUUCAUGGCAAGGCAAAGUCCUUAUGCUACAUCUACACUGUCAAGUCAUUUGUCACGAUUGGUUAAAUAUCUUUUCUACUUCUCCCCUUAUAUACCCGUUUUCCUACAAGUUUUAUCACAGUUUACUUAAUAUAUAUUAAAAUACAUAUAUAUAACUUAGUCUAUCCACAUUAUCCACAUCUGUAAAACUUUUUAUAAUUUCCUCAAAUAUUAUUGGACAGUUUGUAUUCUUGAACAAACUGCUGUAGGUGGUGUUAUACAUCCAGCAGCAGAGGGGUUACACUUUGUUUGUACAGCAUUCCCAAUUUUAAUUGGGCUGUAUGUGGUGAUCUCCCAAGCCAUGUAUGGAAUUUGGACUUCAAAGGAAAAAGUAAAUGCAGUAUGAGCCUUUCUGGACUUUUAGUAAGGUUGUUAUGGUGUUUAUAGCGACCCUUUAAUCGUUACUUCAACAAAAAACAAAAAUGUUUUAGGAAAACACUGUUUUUGGUCAGAGUAACCCUUCCUAUUCUUAUCCCUCCCAAAAAACAAAAAAAAAAAUAGCUAAAAUUCACUUCUCUAUGCAGUGCCAAGACCAAGUUCUCCCUCUGCCUUAUCUCCUGGGAGGGACAAAUGUCAGUGAUUGGAGUAACCCUGUAGGCUUUCAAUGUGGUUUAUCAUAGCUGCACUUAGACAAACACAAUAUUGCAAGUUGUAUUAACAUGUAUAGCUUGGAGGAAAGACGAGACAGGGGGGAUAUGAUAGAAACAUUUAAAUAUAUAAAGGGAAUCAACACAGUAAAGGAGGAGACUAUAUUUAAAAGAAGAAAAACUACCACAACAAGAGGACAUAGUCUUAAAUUAGAGGGACAAAGGUUUAAAAAUAAUAUCAGGAAGUAUUACUUUACUGAGAGGGUAGUGGAUGCAUGGAAUAGCCUUCCAGCUGAAGUGGUAGAGGUUAACACAGUAAAGGAGUUUAAGCAUGCGUGGGAUAGGCAUAAGGCUAUCCUAACUAUAAGAUAAGGCCAGGGACUAAUGAAAGUAUUUAGAAAAUUGGGCAGACUAGAUGGGCCGAAUGGUUCUUAUCUGCCGUCACUUUCUAUGUUUCUAUGUUUAAAGCUAGCAGAGAAACAGUUAUAGUAUCCGCAUAGUUCUAAUCAUGGCCAUCCGUAAUCUGGAGCACUAUUAAAUGACUCACCUUUUUCAUGCAAGGGUUACACUGUAGGUGUGAUGAUUUCAACUCAUCAUCUCAAAACCCAUUUAACUCAUCGGAGGAUAAUGUCAACGCACACUUAAGCAUGACCGCAUUAGCGUAGGUGACAAGUGUUCUACCAUUAGAUCGAGUCUCAUUCUUAUGACCUAUUUAGUUUUAGGCAAGUUCACAAAUUAAUCUUGGUGGACACUUUUUUUUUAAUUCUAGUAUUCUAGUAGACUACGAUACAUGGCAAGAAGGAUUUUUUCCCCCCAUAAGAGAAAUUUUCAACAUUUAGCUCACAUUGAUUUUAAGGGGCAUUUCUAACCUCCUGAGAAAUACGUUAUAAGGAUAUAUUUUUAUUUUAUAGAGUUAUGCUUAACUCAAGAAAAGGUUUUGUAUUAUUGCGAUAUAUUGCUAAAGUGGAACUUUUACUUAUGCUGCAUUUCCUUGUAGUAGGAGACUUUGCCAGUCCAUAACACCACUGGCACACUCUCUCGCAUGAUUUGGCAUCUAUGCAGACAUGCAGUAUGACAGCAUGCAUAUCCUGCAAUUUGUUCAGCAGUGCAGUACAUGCUCGUGUUCCAUAUAUAUGGUAGACUUGUGGCGAAAGGAUUCGGUUCAGCUGAAACUAUUUAUCCAAAAAUAGAAGAUUUUUUCGUGACCCACAAAUUUCGGUCGAAUCUGGAAACCAAAUCAGAAGUACAAUAGAGUGUGAAAAUGGACCAAUCAGUGUGCUACAAAAUAUAUAGAUAAUAUCAGAUUAUGCAGUACACUGAUAGAAGCAAUUUCCCACAAUUUGCUUCACAGAUCAAUUGAGAAAAAGUAUCUAACAGUGGGGAAAUAACAGGAUGAUCAGUAAAAGUACCAAAAACAACUCUAUGUAUUCUAAUUACAUAUAAUAAUUAAAUAUCUAAUACAUAACUGUCCCUCAUUCAAUAAGAGGCAUCCAAUGUGUCUAAAUACAAUAAAAAAAUAUAUAAUAGUUAUUAAGCUCAUCUUAUACAGAGAAUUAAAAUCCUGGUCUGAAGGUAACAGGUAUAGAGUCAAUAGUGAGGGCAUGGCAUCUCCCCAAUAAAGAUUCCUGAGGCUUCAGAGGACUUUUAAAAUACUACAAAUUUUAUUUUACAAAAGAAAAAUUUUAAAAAAUAAACUAUAAAAUAUGUAAACACUGCACACUUAUGCAAAAAGAAAUAUAAAAACGCCCCAAAAUCAGGAUGCGUUUCACUCCUUCCUGAGCUUCUUCAGUCAGCUAUACAGGGCUAAAUUUCUGGCAAAUGGAACACACACACACACUCACACCCUUCCCUUCUCUACCACCCCCUAUUUAGAUGCAUCCAUUCCACUAACUGUAUGUAUAGAAUAUCAAUUUGAUACAUUUUAUGUCAGCAAUUGCACUGUUCCCAAUGAAUUGGACUGCACACACAAAGCAGAGGGAUAUUUAAUAGUGACUUGCAAACUUGGUUGGCGACCAGUAGUAGAUCAAGUGUAUAACAAUUAAAAACUGUCCAGGCUCUCAAGGGGUGAAAUCGGAGCUUGAGAAAGUCUCUGUCUGUGGAUGAAACAUUGCCUCUGUUUCCAAUAAAAAUCUGCCUUUGGAGUUAACCCUUUGAGUGCCUGUACAGCAAUCAGUGGGUCGAUGGUUAUAUUUUUGUAUAUUAAGCACUGCAAUGAACAUUGAUUUUUUUUACUUUCAAUGUAGAUGAGGACACAGACAUGGCGCCUGAGAUCACCCUCCGAAAUUAUCAGAUGGAAGUGGCCCAACCUGCACUGGAAGGGAAGAAUAUUAUUAUCUGCCUUCCUACAGGAAGUGGUAAAACCAGAGUAGCUGUGUACAUUACCCGACAACAUCUGAACAGACGAAAAGCACAAAACCUCCCUUUUAAAGCUAUUGUGCUUGUCAACAAGGUAUGUACAAAGUUGGACUUUUUGGGGUGGGUGACAGUGAAGCGGUAGUUGGAGAUUUCUCCAGUUUAGCUAUUUUGACCUAAAUUGUAUGACCUAAUUUUCCACAUUUGGUCAUGUGAUAUAUUAAAAAGUAAUUAAUUAUUGGCUGACAUUUGGUUAGCUGUUAAAAUUUUGAGAUGGGCUUGUUUAUGUGACUAACCAAAAAUAUCCAAAAUACAACAGAAUAGCUGCCAAAUCCCCAUAAUUUGUGUUAUCUAUCUCCCCAGAUAAAUUAUUUUCCCCAUCAUCUCAGGUCAUCCUAAUACCACCUCCAUCCCCCUAGAUCCUAUAAUGACAGCCAAAUCUAAAUCCCCCAACAAAACUGACUCUUACUUGAGCUGCAUAUCUGUAAAAAAUCUGGCUAUUCAUUACAGUUUGACUGCUGGUCAGCUAGGACUAUGUUUAGAUGAGUCUCAUUGCUACAAUGAGAUCCAUUUGUAAAUAGCAGGUACCUAUUUGGUUCAACACAGUUUCCACUCUGGUGAUAGUGAUUCGGUAUUUAUAGUGACCCUCUCAAUAAUGACCCUAUUUAACAUUUUGAAGAGAAUUUGACAUUAAAAUGACCAAACUUGCCAUAGCAAAACUGGAAUUGACACCACUGUCAUUAAUGUCUUCAUUUGUUUAUUGCUACAAAAUAAACACUAACAUUAUCUAAAUGGGGGCUGUGGAGUGUGUGGAUAUAAGGGAAGUAGUGUAGAGGAUGUAGUGUGUGUACAGAGGAUGUGGUGUGAUUUUUAGGAAUGCAGUGUAUGUGUGUAGGCAAUGUAAUGUGUGUGUGUGUGUUUAUGGAAUGUAAGGGAUGUAGUGUGUGAAUGUUAGGAAGGAAAUAUGUGUGUAUAUAAAGUGCAUGCAGCAGGUGUGUAAAGGUGGUGUAGUGUACGUGUUUGUGUGUGUGAAUAGGGAGAUUUUUUUUAUUUUUAUUAAAAAAAAUUUGUUUGAGUUUAUUCCCCCCUCCGUGUUUGUUACCUCUGAUGAGGGAGGGGGUACAUGCUAAUCCCUGGUGGUACACCAAACUGCACCUCUGUUAGGUGCAGACUAAGUAUAGAGUAAAAUAUUCUGGUAUGCUUAAUGCAACACACAGGGAUGAGGGAGUCGGACCGAUGGUAUACUGCUCAAACUGAAUACAAAUAGGGAUUCACCAAAAACCUAUCGGUAAAUGUCAUAGAGAAUAACACCUUGAAUGUGGUAUGUGUUCCAGGAGACUAAGUAUACUCUUCUCAUGAGCCAAAGGAACACUCUGAAUGGCCAGAGAUCAUGGGAGAGAAAUACUCUCAGUAUACACCCAAGAUUACAGCUGUUUGUAUAUGUAUGUAUGUAUAUAUAUAUAUAUAUAUAUAUAUAUAUAUGUGUGUGUGUGUGUGCUUGUGUAUAUAUAUAUAUAUAUAUAUAAUUUCUUAAGAGUUAUUAAUUUUUCUUUAGUUUUAAUUGUUGUUGUAUAUAUACAACAAUCCUGUAUUUAUUUCUGUACUUUAAUUCAGGUACCAUUAGUAGAUCAGCAUUUCCGCCGGGAAUUCAAUCCAUACUUAAAGGACCAAUAUAGGAUCACUAAAAUAAGUGGGGAUUCUGCUCAAAAGAAAUCGUUUCUUAAUGUCAUCAUGCGUUAUGAUGUCAUUAUAUGCACUGCUCAGAUCUUGGAAAACUCCCUCAUUCAGGCAGCAGAAGGUGAAGAAGAUGGUGUCAAACUGUCAGGUAGGGUUCUGUUUGCUGAAUGAUUUGCUGACAGUAUAUUUAUUGCUUUCAAGAUCACCUUUCUUAAUAAUUUUAUGAUCAUUCUUAUUUAAAAAAAAAAAAAAAAAACAUCUUUACUUCCCAUUCAGCUCCUUAAGAAUCAUAAUGUCACAUUACUCAACUGGUAACCACAUAAUGACCAAGUUACCCCAGGUUACCCCUAGUGCCAAAUCAGAACCAUAUAGCAAAUCAGUGUAAGAAUGGAAUAAAAUCAGAUUCUGGUAUGAAAGAGUAUAACGAUACAAAAUUAAUUAAAUAAUAAUAAUAACAAUAAUAAUAAUAAUAUAUAUAUAUUCCAAUUUUUGCUAUUAAAUAAGAGCAGUCUCAGUCCUCAGUGGAUAAGUAUUAAAAAUUAGAUACAAAAUGGUCAAAAAAGACUGUUGCACAAAGUGUCCAAAUGUAUCAGCCUGUAUCAGAAGGCUCCUGCUAUAAACACAGCUAGAGUCAAUCUGCUAGUAGACUGUAAUAAUAUCCUACUAACAAACAGCUUCCUCAACAAUUCCACACAAUAGUACAGAUAUCUUCAGAAUAAAUAAUAAUUUAAUACCACUCAGAAAGGUCUAAAGCCACUAUAGAACAGCAACAAUCCAUAAAACAAAAGAACAGAGAGCCAUAGUGCUCACUGUAUUCGAAAAUUUAUUACAUAUACUGUGAUUAAAAACACUCACAUUUGCAUAUUGAAUUUGAGCGUGUAGUAGAAUUUCAGAGAAAAACCUUUCAAUAAAAUAGUUCACAGUCCUUACACUUCUUAACUCCGGCGGGGAGGUAAGUCGGGGUGGAGACCAUGGUCGGGACGCCCAGUGCGUUCCAUCGAUCUUCUUUCCUGAGUUCCUGUAGCUUGGUAUCACAACAAAUUUUAUGACAGAUGCCAUAAAGCCGGUUCACUUAAUCAGAGGCUUGCAUUUGUAUCAAGACUCUGGGUUUAAAUAGCCCUAAGGAUUAUUGCAGUUUGUGCUGUUGCCGGUGCAACGACUUUUGGGUUGAAGAUACAUUUUUCCGCCUUCCCCCCCACCCCACCAAAAAAAAAUAACAUCUUCAUCUGUGUGCCUCUUAACCUCCCUUUUGUGUUUCUUAUCCCCUCUUUUAAAUGUCUCACUCCCUUUAGUGUAUCUUAUCUCAUAUUUUUCCCCAUUGUGUGUCUUACACCUCCCUUGGGUGUCUCUUAUCUCCCCUCUUUGUAUGACUCUUACAUCCUCUCACAUUUUGUGUGUCUUACUCCUCCCAGCCCCUACGUGUGACUCUUUCUCUCCCAGCCCAUCUGUGUCCCCCACAGCCCCACUGUGUGCCUUUUUUUACCUUCUCAAGCCCUGCUGUGUUUCUUUCACAUCCAGCCUCUCUCCCUUCCACAUCCCUUAGUGGUCCCCUCCCUUCCCUGUCCCUUAAUGUUACUCUUCUUGAGAUCUCCUUGAGAUUCCUCGUGGAAUAUCUAACAGAUUGAUACUGAGAGAUAAGACGUUUUAAAAUAAAUUAAAAGACAGUUUUUUUUACAGGGGGAUUGCCUGAGUUGGCUGUAUGGUGAGCCAUGUACUCACUUUGCAGUGGCUAUCAAGCAAAACACAGGGGGGGGGACAAAAAACGAAUUAAAAUAAAAAAAAAAAUUCUCACUGCUACAGUAUUAAAUCCCUCCUCCUUUCCCUGUCCCUUAGUAUUUCUCUCCUCUCUGUCCCUUAGUGCACCCUCCACCCCCUUAGUGGUCCCCUCCCCUUCCUGGUGUGCCUCCUACCUCUCUUGUAGCAUGGCUGAGCCUGAUCCUGCUACAGGAGCUUCCGUUUCCUGUACCCUACCGGUCUGGGAGGAAGUGCUCUAUCAAUGAGCACUUUCUGUCAGUCCGGCCGGGACCAGGAAAUGGAAGCUCCUGCACUGCGUGCCGCUCCGCUCGGCUACGCUACACUCAGUGGUGUAUACACACUGACAGUCAAACACACACAAUGAUAAACACACUGACUUCACUUACAGACAGAGACACGCUCAUCUGACACACUCAUUCAUUGACAGACACACACAUGCACACUAACAGACACACAAACACUAACAGACACACAGUAAGCAAUAGGCAGUAAGUCUGAGGAUCUGAGGAAGUGUAACUUAUUUUUUAUUCAUCUUUUUCCUUUGUGUAUUCUUUAUUUUCAUUUUUACAUAGUGUAACACAGACUCUCACUGAUUUGACAGACACUCACAAACACACACUGACAGGCACACACACACUCAUACACAUGCACACACACACACACACACACACACAUACACACACACUCAUACAAUCACACAUGAUUAAUAUUAAUAUAAUUUUAAAUUUUCCUCCCUACCUGGAGAGCUGGCGUGGAUCUGUCCCUGUGAUCCAAUGGGGCUGCUGGGAGGCAUGCGGCUGUGGUAGAAUCAAAGGCGAUGAAAGAGCUGUGAUCUCGCUGCUCUGUUCCCUCGCAUCUUGCUGGCUGUCCACUUAUGCUGGGAGCCGGAAUAUGACCGUCCAGCAGAGCAGGGAGAUCAGAGCUCCCUCGCCGCCUUGGAUGCCAGUACAGCUGCACGCCGUGCCGGUGGGUCCAGAAGGUGGCCUUCCCUCCUGCCGGUCACUGAAAUCUUGUGCCCCCAGAGCCGGUGUGCUCUUAAGUGGCCGCCUGUGCCGCCUUAUAGAUGCGCUGGCCCUGGCUGUUAACCCUUAAUUGAUUGCUUGGUAAUGUAUGAAAUAAUACCACUUGGAUCUGAUUAAUACUCACAUUAAAGAAUAACUAAAGAAAAAAAAAACUAUUACUAUUUUUAAAUUUAUUUUUAUAGGGCUAUGGCUCAUGCAUUCAAAAUAAAGAUGACUGAUAUUGUUAACAUUACAGAUUUCUCACUGAUUAUCAUUGAUGAAUGCCAUCACACAAAACAGGAUGCCGUUUACAACAAUAUAAUGUUACGCUAUGUAAAAAUGAAAAUAAAGAAUACACAAAGGAAGAAGAUGAAUAAAAAAGAAGCUACACUUCCUCAGAUCCUCGGACUUACUGCUUCUCCAGGAGUUGGAGGAGCAGCAGACCGUAAAAAAGCCGAAGAGCAUAUUUUGAAAGUAAGUCUCUUAGCCAAAAUGUUCUUACUUAAAGCCUGUAAUCGGUGGUCCCUUGAAUGAUAGUUAGGGGGUUGCAUGACUGGCAGCAGAUAGAUUUAGAUUUUUGGGGUGUACAUUUUUGGAAAUGCAUUUAAGAAAAAUACAUGCUAACAAAUGUACAGCAAUGCUUAAAGGAACACUAGAGUGUCAGAAAUACAAACGUAUUCCUGAUACUAUAGUCCUGAAGUGGCUGUGUAGGUGUCUGGCACACCUCCGAUCUCAGUAUAAAGGUGAUUUUACUUACCUUUUCUCCCUUGCAGCACCAGUCUCAUUGCAGCUGGCUCCUCCUUCUUGGCUUGAUGAUCUCAGCCAAUCCAAUGCUUUCCCAUAGGAAAGCUUUGGGAAGCUAUUGCGCAUGCACGGCAAUAUGUUGCUCUGUUCCAGUCAGCAUCUCUUCAUAGAGAUACAUUGAAUCAAAGCAUCACUAUGAGGAACAUUCAGCAUCUCCACUCAGAGCUACAUGCUGUGCAGCACUGGACUAGGAAGCACCUCUACUGGCUUUAUGAGUAGUGUUGCUACGCAACAAUGUAAACACCGCCUUUUCCUUGAAAUGCCUGCAGGAACAGGCUACAGACAUCAGAACCACUACAUUAAGCUUUAGUGCUUCUGGUGACUAUAGUGUCUCCUUAAACAUGAAUCUAGAAAAUAAAAUAAACUUUUGGGGAAUUAAAAUGUAUACUGAACUCACCUAUUUUCUUGUAUUGCUCAGAAGAUAUGCAUUGAAUUGCAAACUGUAAUCUUCCAUUAGUUCCUUCUCAGGUGACCAGUUUCUGGUUACUAAAUUAAAUGACAUGAAAUGUAGUUCUGUUCUGUUCUCAUAGUAAAAGAAGGAAGAACCAUGUUUAAGUUUAACUUUAUUUCUUUCUCCCCUUACCGCCCUUUUAGAGCAUUAGUAUGAAUGGCAAGUAAGUCUUUAUCUGUGUCUUUGUAUCCAUUUUCUAUUUCACAUGAAAGCUAUUUAUAUUUUGGUAUUACUGUCCAUUUAAAGGGAGAAUCACUACAGCUUAAAACAGCAAUGUAAAUGUUGCCUUUUCAUAGAACAUGCAGUGUUUACAUUGGUGCCUAGUAACACCUCUGGUCACACAGCCACUGGAGGGACUUUCUGGGUUCAUUCUUGCCAUUUCUGCAGGACCUAUGUUCAGCGUUUGCACGCUCUGCAUCGAGUCACUGAACUCUCUCAAUGCAGCUCUAUGAGGAGAUGCUGAUUGGCCCAGUGCUGUGCUUUAUGCAAUACCCUCCCAAUGUUUUCCAUGGGAAUGCAUUGGAUUGGCUGAGAUCAUUAAGAUUGUUGUAUCUCAGCCAAGGAGGAGGAGCCAGUUGUAGUGAGACCAUCACAGCAAUGGAGUUAAGGUAAGUAAGGUACCUUUUACUGAGAGCUGCAGCUGAUUUUUAUCAAGUGAGUGAGCACUAAAUACUGAAAUAUAAAACAAUACUGAGUGAUAAACCCAGUGCCUUUGUAGCAAAUAAGCGAAGAACAGUGGAAUCAAAAGCAUUAAGCAUUCAGGCUAUUAAAGGGAUACUUGUAGCACCAAAACAACUUGGCUUAAAGGGACACUCCAGACUCCGAGACCACUCCUACCCAUUGGAGUGGUCUGGGUGCCAACUCCCACUACCCUUAACCCUGCAAGUGUAAUUAUAGCAGUUUUUCAUAAACUGCACUAAUUGCCUAACAGGGUUAAGUCCUCCACUAGUGGCUGUCUAUAAGACAGCCACUAGAGGAGCUUCCGUGUCCUUAAAACACUUUUAGUGCUUUAAGAGAUACUGGACGUCCUCACGUAAUGCAUGAGGACCUCCUUUCCUAUGGGACGGUGUAAUGCACGUGCGUGACAAUUGCCACGCAUGUGCAUUAGGUCUCCCCCGCCGGCUGACGUUGGCAGGGUAGGAGAGUUGGCGCUGGAUUCAGGUAAGUCACUAAAGAGGUUUUAACCCCCUCAGCAACCUGGGAUGGGAGGUGGGAGGGACACGGGACCUGCAGUGACAGGAAAACGGUUUGUUUUCCUGGCACUGAAGAGUUCCUUUAAUGAAUUAACUUUGCUGUUUCGAUCAUGCCCCUUCAGUUUUACUGCUCUGCUAUUUAUUAGGUCAAUCAUGUUGUCUCUGACUAUUAUUAUUAUUUAUAUAUUCAGCGCUGGACACAUCUCCCAUAGUUGUAACUCCCCCACACUAAAUGAAAAAAAAAAAUUCAACAUUUUUUAACUUACAGUAAAGCAUGUUUGUUUAUUUCAGACAGUACUGUCUCCUGCUCUGUUAAUUAAAAUGUAAUCAUGUACAGGAGCUUGCUGAAGUCUGUAUCAGACAAUUAACAGAACUUGAGAUAAGAAACUUCCUUUAUUGCACAGUGUGUUUAUAAAUGCCCUGUGCAAAAAGGGACAUUUAAAAAUUAAAGUGACACUAUAGUCACCAGAACAAUUACAGCUUAAUGCAGUUGUUCUGGUGAGUGUAGUCAGCCUCUGCAGGUUUUUUGGUGUGAACACAGUCUUUUCAAAGAUAAGGCAGAGUUUACAGUACAUCCUAGGGGGACACCUCCAAUGGCCAGUCCUUACUUAUAGAGGUGCUUCCUGUGGCAGUGCUGGCAUGGAGACUCUGAAUUUCCCCGUAGAGAUGCAGCGAUUCAAUUAAUCUCUAUGAGGAGGUGCUGAUUGGCCAGGGUGGCAUUUGGCUCUGCCCCAGCCCACCUCCUUGGCUGAGAUCAUUAGAAUUGAUGAUCUUAGCCAAUCCACUGCUUUAUUUCCUAAAAAAGGUAAUUUUUUACUAUAUAUUUAGGGAGGGAGUGAGGGCAGGGGUCUGAUAGUGUUUUACCACUAUAGGGCUAGGAAUUCAUGUUUGUGUUCCUGACCCAAUAGUGUUCCUUUAAGCCUUUACACAGUAAGAGGGGCUGCGUGCGUUACAGUCAGGGGACAUGGUGCUAGGGCACAUAAACAAAGUGCUUUAACUCCUAAAUGGCAUAGAAUUUGAGCAGUUGGAUUGCAGUGGCAUGAUCUAUAUACUAAAACCACUACAUUAAGCUAAAAUUGUUUUGGUGCUUCGGGUGUCCAUUUAAUGUAAAGGUAUUAAUGAUAGUAAUUAUAAUUGCUUCACUUAUUGAUGUAGAAAACCUAUUGGAAAUUAACAUUUUAGAAUCAAGUCUUUCUCUGCAUAUGGUAAAGAAAAGUAUAAAUUUUAAAAUGCAUUGUCUUUCGCAUAUUGCAUUCUAUUAAUCCAUGUAAUACAUGGCUUAGAACAAAGUCAAGCUAAAACUGUCUUGAUAUCACACCAGAUAUGUGCCAACCUUGAUGCAGACAACAUCAUGACCGUUAAGGAAAAUAUGAGUCAACUACAGAAUCAAGUGAAAGAACCAUACAAGAAAGUUGAUAUUGCAGACGAUAAGAGAAAGGUUUGUUGUGUGUCUUAAAUAUAACCCAGUUCUCCUACGGACCUCUGGAUAAUGAUGGCAUUUGUUGAGUGCAGUGUAUGGUGUAAUUACGUGAUGUCUUUUUUGCUUUCUUUUCCUACAACCUAGGAUUUUUUCUCUGUCACAAUCACAUAUCUUUCUAAUAUUUGAAUUGUGCUUUAAACAUUUGAUGUGCUUCUUUGUAUAACUGCUCGUUUACAUUUGUAAAACUAUCGUGCUUGCAGAAUCCAUUUGGUGAAAAAAUUAAAGAAAUGAUGGAAAAGAUUCAAAACUAUGGUAAACUAACCCCAGCAUCUGAAUUUGGAAGUCAAUCUUAUGAACAGUGGGUCAUUCAAAAGGACAAAUCAGGUACAGUAUGCACUAUAAAACAUUAGAAUUCCUACAAUGUAUAGUUAUUUUUUGCUAGGAGUACGCAGCUGAUAGCAUGGUUGUCAACUGAUCUGGCAAAAUUGAAAUGUCAUUUGGAGAUUCAGGAGAUGCUCGGGUAUUUCAUUAGUGAGAAUUUACUUUAAAGAGAUACCAUAGUCACCAAAACAACUUUAUUAUUAAUUAUUGAAGCAGUUUUGGUGUAUAGAUUUUGUCCUGCAGUGUCACUGCUCAAUUCUCAGCCAUUUAGGAGUUACAUAAUUUUGUUUAUGCAGCCCUAGUCACACCUCCCUGCAUGUGACUUACACAGCCUUCCUAAACACUUCCUGUAAAGUCAUCUAAUGCUUACACUUCCUUUAUUGCAUAUUCUGUUUAAUUUAGACUUUUUUAUAACCUGCUCUGUUAAUAGUUUGCUAGAUCCUACAGAAGCCUCCUGUGUGUGAUUACAGUUCAAGUUACAGAGCAGGAGAUAAAAAUGAAUGAAUGAAUCCAUUUUGUUUUCUUGCAGGCUGUGUCAAUCACAGCCAGGGGAGGUGUGUCUAGGGUUGCAUAAACAGAAAAAAAGUGAUUUAACUCCUAAAUGGCAGAGAAUUGAGCAGUGAAACUGCAGGGUCAUAUACACUAUUCCAGGGGUAGACAAACUUUGGCACUCCAGAUAUUGCAGACUACAUCUCCCAGAAUGCUCUUACAGAAUAUUGCUGUCAGAGCAUUAUGGGAGAUGUGGUCCACUACAUCUAGAGUUCUGAAGGUUGCCUACCCAUGCUCUGUUGUUUGGGGCACAAGUUAAAAUGGCAGAGAUUAUAGAAAAAAACAAUGUCUCAAAGUGGGAUGGAAUUUAACAAAAAUGAUGUUUAAUUCAAAGUAGGAAGAGUGGAAGAAAAUGUAUACAUAUUUAUGUUUUUGUAGCAUCCUCAAGAAAUGUUACUCUAGAUAAGAACGUACUCUGCUUUUUGGAAAUGUCCCUAUGACAGACUGCGGGCUUUGCUAAUAUUCACAUUCCACAUUGUGGACCUGGCCAUAAUUAGCAAUUUUCACACUAAAAGAUCAGUUGGGAUGUAUAAACUAAGUAAGUUGAUUAGUACUUAAAGACCUGUCGUACUUUUAUUAUAACGUCCCCUGGAUGUUGGGCAAAAGCAUCAUCCCCAGGGUGUACUUGGAAACCAGAGUAAUCUGAAUGUACAUUUCCUGGUUAAAUACUUUGUUAUUAUUUUUUCAGCUGCUAAGGAAGGGAAUUGUAAGGAACACGUUUGUGCAGUGCAUCUAAAGAAAUAUAAUGACGCCCUGAUGAUUAAUGACACAAUCAGGAUGACUGAUGCUUUGACUCAUCUAACUAAAUUUUACAAUGAAGAGAGGAAGAAGAAAGCUCUGUUAGAUGAGGAAAAUGAAGGGACACCUGCUUCCAGUUUGAAUGAAGCAGAUAAUUUCUUAAUCGAAUUAUUUUACAGUAAGUGCUUACAAAUGUUAUAUACACAACAUAUUUGACUUUUUAAUUGUCCAUUCUUACCUAAGUUCUUAACAAAAUUAGGAAAAAAUUUUCUUGGCAUUCUAAUCAUGGCAAAUCCUUUUUUUUUUCAACAUGCUUAUGUCCUGUUCUCGUAUGUACAAACUGGACCAUAAAAAAUAAUUAUAUUUCAUUUUCUCUUUUCAUUAUCUUCAAGCAUAAAAAAAUUGCAUAAUUUAGCAUAUGCAUUAUUUGCUAUUUCAAUGAAUACUAAAAAUAAAAAAAAAGGUAUCACUAAUGUGUCAAAUCAUACUUAUCAAAUAAUAUUUAUCUUUGACCCAGCUCUUGAGCUGGAAGAAUGCCUGUUUUGAAUAAAGAAAUUAAAAUUACAUAUAAAUAAAAAGAUUAGAAAUUUUAUAUUCAAAUUUAUUCCAAGCUGAUGAUUCAUAGAUAUGUUCAGUAAAUAUUAGAACUCUUUAAUGUGCUUCUGUGUGUUUGGUCGCUGGCUCCUUCCUCUAUAUUUGUGCAUCUAAUUUAUCUCAGGAUUAUAUUAUUUGCAUUCCUUACCUAAAAUAUUUGAUUGUGAGUUGAACAAUAUUGCCUUCUAAUGAUUUAUUUUGUCUAUUUUUUUACAUUCUUUAAUGUCUAACUUAUUACUGCUGUGUCCAGUGUCAAAAAAAUCAACACUUAUUAAUUACAUAAUUUUUCCAUGUAUUUGUCUUAUCCAAAUAUGUUUCCAAUUACAAAUCAUUUUGGUAGGGGGACACUUCUAUUUUUUUAUGUGCAAGAUAAAAAAAAAAAAAAAGAUAUAUAUUUGUUGACUGUCCAUGCAGAGCAUAACAAAGAGCUGAAAAAGAUGUCCGAGAUACCAGAGUAUGAGAAUAAGAAGCUUAUCUCCCUCAGAAGGUCGAUCAUGGAGGAAUUCACCAAAAACAGAAGCUCAAGAGGAAUUAUUUUCACAAAAACUCGUCAAAGUGCUGUAGCUUUGUGUGAGUGGAUCAGUUCGAAUGAGAAAUUUAAAGACGUUGGUGUGCGACCCCAUUACCUGAUUGGUGCUGGGCACAAUAGCGAUUUCAAGGCCAUGACUCAGGUAUGGAUAAUAAAAAACAAAAUCAAAUGCAGCACAAAUAAUUAUUUUUAGUUAAAUCAAAUGGGAGAACUUAAAGGUUUUCUCCAACCACCAUAACCACCUCAGUGAUUUGAAGUGAUCAUGGUGGCGGGAGUGGAUGUGCUAUGUUUCUUCUGCACCCCCAGCACACAUGACUUCCAGGCUGCUUAAUGUCAGUUCUGUGCACACAGCAUCUGCAAAGUAAUGAUAGACUUCCCAUCCCACUGUAUACUCGCUCCCAACUCCCUCCGUUGCACACAGGUCUUUUUGUUUUGUUUUUUUAAAACGCUCUCUCCCCCUUCUUACUCACCCCCCUCACCAGCUCAUAGCACACGCAUGCCAUCUGAGCUUGCAAAAUGGCCCAAUUACAGGCCUCUCUAUGAGAAGCUUGUGUUUGGAUCAUGCAACGCCUAUGUGACGUUAGUUGGACGUGUAGAAGUUGCCUUGCCCUGGAUUCCAGUAGUAAAAUAUCUUUUUUUUGCAGCUUGUUCUGCAAACAGAGGGCAGGGGGGAGUUAUUCAUAGUGCCUAAUAAGACAUUUUACACCAAAAAGUUCCCCCUCCUUCAAAGGGUUGAAGUAUCCCUCUAAUACUACAUAUUUAUCUCUAUCGAAAAGCAUUAAUUAGGAACUUGGAUGCCCCUUGGUAGUUGCUUAAAGGUGGGUCAUCUACAAAUACUCUCUGCCCAUCCAUAUAUAAAUACUGCAUUAAAGAAACACUUCGGACUUCAGGUGAUGCUCUUUGUAAUGCAUCAUCUAGCUAUCCCUAUAACAAUAUGCAAAAAAUAAAAUAAAUAUAAUAAGAUACUAAUAAAAUUUAAAUUUACUCAACUUUGCAGUAAAUGCUUUAGUGUUCUCAUCAAACAAGGAAGUGCUUCAUCCAGUCGUUAAGGUCCUGCUGCAUUUAAGUGCCAAUCAUAUGACAUAAAUGUCAGGAUUACAGAAUGAUCCAGCACAUAGAAUUGUGUAACACAGAGGACUGAUAGGUAACGUAUACCGGACCUUAGAAUGGCCGGACUAACGUACCAAAGAAUAGUCAGGAAUAGCCGAGGUCAAGAGAAACAGAAAGAGACACAACAAUAAGGAAAAGCCAGGGGUCAGGGAUGCCAGAAAACAGGGAAGUCAAAAUCAAUGCCAAAGUCAAAUAACCAGAAUAACCAGAAUCAAUAACACGCUCUCGGACAACCACAAGGGAAACCAUGACAGGGCACUGAGCAAGAGGAGAACUGGGCCUAAAUACCCCACCUGUGGUUGUAACCGGCUUUUGACCCCAAAGGCAGUUACCAGGUUCCUAUUGGCAUGAUUGCUGCUCAGCACAAACCCUGCUGUGGAUUGAUUGCUGCUGGACAGUAAUGUUGCUCGGCACGACUUUUCCUGCCAGCACAGUAAAUUCCAUUAAUCACAUUUUUUAUGUGCGGAUGAAUACGUGACAAUAAACAAUUGAACUGCUGAAAUCUUUUUAAAGAUCUAGUUUUUAAAAGAUGUAGUUCAGCUGUUUGUUAAUCUGAUAUAUUAAACAAGUUGUAAAUAUGUGAUUUAUGUGGAGGAAAGACAAGAAGGGGGAUGGGAUAAAAACAUAUAAAUACAUAAAGGGAAUCAACACAGUAAAGGAGGAGACUAUAUUUAAAAGAAGAAAAACUACCACAACAAGAGGACAUAGUCUUAAAUUAGAGGGACAAAGGUUUAAAAAUAAUAUCAGGAAGUAUUACUUUACUGAGAGGGUAGUGGAUGCAUGGAAUAGCCUUCCAGCUGAAGUGGUAACGAUUAACGCAGUGAGGGAGUUAAAACGAGUGGGAUAGACAUAAGGCUAUCCUAGCCAGAAGAUAAGGCCAGGGGCUAAUUAUUAUUAUUAUUAUUUUAUUAUUUAUAUUGCGCCAUCAGAUUACUAAUGAAAGUAUUUAGAAAAUUGGGCAGACUAGAUGGGCCGAAUGGUUUUAUCUGCCGUCACAUUCUAUGUUUCCAAGUAAAGUGGCAAAAUACAUUUUCACAUCAAACUGGAUAAUGUUGUUAAAAAUAACAAAUACGUAUAUAUAUUAUUUUAAUAAGUUAUUAUUAUAUUUGACUAAUUUAUUAUUUUAUUUUAGAAUGAGCAAAAGGAAGUGAUUAAUAAAUUUAGCACUGGAGAUCUUAAUCUUCUACUUGCCACCAGUGUGGCUGAAGAAGGCUUGGAUAUCAAAGAGUGCAACAUCAUCAUUCAAUAUGGAAUGAUCACCAAUGAAAUAGCCAUGGUUCAGGUAUGUUGACUUCCUUCAUAUCUAACAAAGUUCUUUUGCUAAGAUUCACUAAAUGGGCGCAGCUAAAAAUAAUAAGGGAGAGCAACCGUUGACUACAGAAAGAAGCAAAUACCACUCUAUGUUUUAGAGCUGAAGUGGAUUAAAAUUAGAUUUCCUUCUGCUGUUAAACUGCUGAACAAAAUAUAGAUAUUAAGUGUUGUUAAAUUACAGCUCACAAGAUUUUUAAUCAGUCUAAAGUUGCAUGAGAAAACUAAGUUUUAGUUCACCAGCAACCAUAAAUAUUCACUUAUGAAACUACUAAUUAUUAAUAUUAUUAUUUCAAUUAUGAAGUUAAACUGGAGUGAAUUGAUAUAUACCUUAGAGCUCAUUUAGAAAACAAUAUGUGUAUAUUUUCUAAUGUGUUUGCACAACCAGCCAAAUUUAACAAAAUAAAUAAUUGUAGAACAUAUGUAUAUGGUCUGGCAGCAGGAUAAGUUUCCUAAUGGCCAAAUAACCUUUAUCCAAGUGCAACUACUUAAUGGGCCAUAUAUAUCAAAUGAUUGUCAGACAGCUUUAAAAGGUGUUUUUGUGAUAUGUAGAUGAGUGUACCUGAUUCCUUUGAAACUCAGAUAUUCACACAACAUCUUGAAAUAAUUGAUAUACAUUCUGUUUCACCUUUUUUAAUACCUAGGCUCGUGGUCGUGCAAGAGCUGAUGAUAGUACCUAUGUGCUUGUGGAUUCAAGUUCAGCUGGAGCUGUUGAGCGUGAUAGCAUAAAUGAAGAUAAAGAAAAGAUGAUGUACAAAGCUAUUAAAAAAGUGCAAGAAAUGCCUCGUGCUGAUUACUUGGAAAAGGUAAUUUGUAUUUUUUUUUUUUUAAAUGACCAUACCAAAUUACUUUGUUGCAAUAGUGAUACUAUUGUCAACUACAAAGACAUCCUCACGGAAUCCCAUACAGAGGUUAGCACAUGACUGUGCAAAGUUUGCCCCCAUUUCUGUGCCCUGUUUUUGGCGAUAGUAGUUCCCAUUAAAAAGAAAGCAAAAGGCUGUGUCAAUAAAAUAGCUUUAAGUACAGAUUUCCAUUGCUAAAUUUAAAGGACUUGUCCAGUGUAAGAUAUUUUAAUGACCAAAAAUAACUAUAAUAAGCAAGAGAAAUAUGAUAUUGUUAAUAUUAUGUGAUGGAAACAAAAAUAUAAUUAUACUUAAUUGAGAGAUUCUUUUAUUUUUUUAAUAGAAGUUUCAAUAAAUAUAUUGUCCCCAAUUAUAUUACUUGCUACUGACUAUUAAUUAGAUUGUAUUACCUAUGAAUCUUAUCCCUCUCUUGUCUCAACAUUUCUGUUGGUGAAUUAUUCAUUUUACAUUUUUUGUUUGCUUGUUUGUUUACCAUAUUUGAAUAUUAUUGUAUGCAAUAUAAAAAAACAACAAACCUAACAUCUGUAUUAUAUGAUAUAGAAACUAUGAACAAGGAAAGGUUAAAUGAACUUAACAUAGCUUAGAGGAAAGGUGAGACAGGGGAGAUAUGACAGACACAUUUACAUACAUAAAGGGAAUCAACACAGUGAAGGUGGAGACUAUAUUUAAAAGAAGAAAAACUACCACAACAAGAGGGCAUAGUUUUAAAUUAGAGGGGUAAAGGUUUAAAAAUAAUAUCAGGAAGUAUUACUUUACUGAGAGGGUAGUGGAUGCAUGGAAUAGCCUUCCAGCUGAAGUCGUAGAGGUUAACACAGUAAAGGAAUUUAAGCACGCGUGGGAUAUGCAUAAGGCUAUCCUAACUGUAAGAUAAGGCCAGGGACUAAUGAAAGUAUUUAGAAAAUUGGGCAGACUAGAUGGGCUGAAUGGUUCUUAUCUGCCGUCACAUUUUAUGUUUAUAUAAAUAUUUUUUCUUCUAGAUACAAGAGUUUCAAUUUGAAAACAUUAUUGAGAAAAGAGUGAAAAAAAAGAAAAAUAUGCGGAAAGAAUUUAAACAUGAUCCAAAAGUGGUUACAUUCUACUGUAGGAAAUGCAGUAGCCUGGUUUUCUCUGGGAAUGAUAUAUAUGUCAUAGGAAACAUGCACCAUGUCAUUACAUCAGAGAAUUUUAAGUAAGUACAUAGAACAUAUUUUGUUAUAACUUGGAUAGACCUGCAAUGAUCUUUAUGUGAAUACCAAGGAAUAAGAAAUCUUAAAUCCCCAAAAGUGUGUAUGCAAUUAUUUGUGGUUGGAGAUUGCUCUCUGGAGAAAUCAAUGUCUGGAUUAUUCUUCCGGUUAUGCCCUCUCCAAUAGCAGGAUACAACAAAUUGUGAUGCACAGACACCUAUGUGAUAAAUGUGGAAUGAAUGUGAGGGCUAAGAAUUUUGUAUCUUCUAGGUUUCUUUCCUGGCUUGAUAAGGAAGAAUUGGAACUGCGUUUCUUUCCAAAUAUCAAGUACCAUUGCUACUUAACCUGGGAAUACUUCAACUUAAACCCAGCAUGUGUAGCUUAUUCUAUAACCAAGUAUACCUUCUAGUCAUUGGUGUUAAUUGUCCAUGGUUCCAACCUUGGUUAGUUUUAAGAUUGUAAUACUUGUCUUGGGAUAUUGCAUCCAGGCUCAUGAACUUGUCUGGUUUUGUUUUGUGUUUCGCUUUUUGGUAUCUAGAUUUUCUGCAACAUUUACAUCUUGCUUUUUUUAAUGUUUUGGAAGAAUUCUGCAUUCUCUGACCUGGAUUAAUUAACAAUGCUUUUAGCUACUGAUUGGAAUAUAAACGUCCGAUGCUGUGUGGGUUCCAUAGUACAAUAGCUCAAAAUUCUGUGUUCAAGCCACGGUGGGAAGCAAUCAUCCAGUCUAGACUCCUUUACUUGGCAAUUCUUUACUUCAGAAGUAACUUUUGGAGGAAAACCAACUUUAAAGAUGACUCUGGAUACCGGUUAAUAAAGAACGUAAAGGAGUACAUGAUGAAACUCACAAUGCACCACUGUUUACGUAUCAUAUAAAUGCACCCAAAUCAUUCUUUCUUCUAAUUCUCUUUCUUGUCAUUUCAGAGAACUCUAUAUUAAGGGAGAAAAUAAAUCUUUGCAAGAAAAACGUGCAGAUUAUGAGACAAAUUGUGAAAUUUUAUGCAAAAAAUGUGGAAGAGUAAGCAUUGCAUCCAAUAAAGGAUUUUUUUUUAAUAUUAAAAUGUGUAUGCACAACAUAACAUAAUAGUCUUACCUGAAUAGAGGCUUCUAAAUUUACAUGCUGUUGAUCUAAUAUUAACACUUUAAAUUUUUCCACAUAACGGGAAAAAUAUUUAUUCCUCCCUAUAGUGGUAGGAAAGUGGUGUGCUUAAGGUCACAUGUGAAGGAAUAUAAUUCAAUGUUAUUUGACCCCUAAGGAUCAGUAAUGAGUUAUAGAAUCAAACCAUUCCGGUCUUCAAAUAUUCUUUUCUUGCAUGCUAUACUUUCCAUGAUAUUUGAUUUAUUUGUAAAUCAAAUGUAAAUUAAUUGAGCAUAGAGUCAGAGGGUUAAAUAAAUAAAUAAAUAAAGAAUCUUAGCUGCCAACAAUGUGCCGAGUAGAUGGUAACAGGUUGUCUACCCAACAAUUUAGAAUAAUGAACUACAAGGAGUGAACCUUUGAAUGGAAAGAAACUCUAAAAAAAAAGGAGAGAAAUGACCACAUAAGUAAAAUAAGCUCAUUGUUAUUAAGUCAUAUUGUAGUUAUGGUAAUAAACACAAUAAACAAAGACCUAGUGUUUGUGAAAAACGUGAAAAACUAACAAGCAUUUAAAAAAAAACAAACAAUGAUAUAUACAUAGACUGACAGGGAGACGUGUCAGUUUAACAUAUACAAAGUACAAAUAUUCUACAUAUAUUUCCUACAUUGAGUCAUAGUCACAAGCUGAUAGAAAAAAAACUAAAUAAACCAGAAUCUUAGCAAGGUUAAAGAGGCAAAAACAGGGUGUCUACCCAACAAUUUAGAUUAAUGAACUAGGAGUGAAUGUUAUAAAGGGAAGACACUCCCCAAAAAGGAGAGAAAGUGCCUCAAAAGUAAAUAAAAAAAAGAUCACUUUUAUUAAGUCAUAAUGUACUUAUGGUAAUAAACAAACAAACAAACAAAGACCUAGUGAUAAACUUGCAAAAAUUAAAAAACAAACCAUAUAUACAUAGACUGACGGGGAGACGUGUCAGUUUAACAUAUACAAAGUAUAAAUAUCCUCCAUAUCUUUCCUACAUUGAGUCAUACUGGAAAAAGUACAGGACAGUGAAAAUGUCUUUUUUAAACUGAGGGUACUGUAACUGGGGUGAGAUAAAUAGGGCUUCUAUAUUCUAAUUUUAUUAUCAUAGGUCUCCCAAAGCUUUGUAAAUACCCCCAAAACACACAUAAACUAUAUCAAAUAUCGAUUUAUAUCAAACGAGUACCAUACUAGUAACUUAUGAAUAGAGAUGUCGAAACCGUUUGCGAACUUCCCGCGAACGGCUCGCCACAAACCGUUCGCGGUGAGCUCCGGUCAGCUGACAUAUCCCGGCCAAUCUCCAGCAGACCCUCCCUCCCAGACCCUCCCACCUCCUGGACAGCAUCCAUGUUGAAGGCAGCUUGAAGGCAACUACUUAUGAAGAUGUCUCCCAGGAUAGAAACAUACUGCUACUAAUGAAUCACCUAAGAACAGAGGCAGAUCCCUACGUGUAAAGGUCAUCGCAAUGUCUCUGAUUUUUGGAAAUGUCUUUUCUUUAUAAAGUUCACUCCUUUUAGCUAAUUAUUCAAUAACUGAACAGGUUUUUUUUAGCAUAUCUGAUAUCAGAAUAAAGUUUUUUUUAUAUCAAGAUAUAUAAAAAACCAAAAAACGCCAAUACUUCAAAUGUAUUAACAGUAGCUCAUGGAGGAUUUUAUCCUGAAGGCCUUUAUUAUGCCAAAUCAAUGGAAAGAUCGAGAUUUCCAACACCAUCGUUGUCUUUAUAAAGUCUUAUUUCAAAUGUGACUGUUUCAUACAAAGGAUAAAAACAUAUUAAACGAAGUAAUGCAAAUGAGCCUAGGGAGUUUCUGUAGUAGUAAAUGGUGGAAACAUACACAUCGAAAUAUUGUGAACAUUGUAUUGUUUGAGCCAGGAUAUAGCAACAUGUAAAACAUGUACACUUAUUUGAAGAACAAGUGCUUUGAUCUCAUGCUCAGUAUUUUCUCCCUAGAAUAAUGGGCAUAGAUUUACCCAAGCUAUGGCCACUGCUAUUUUCUUAAUUGAUUGAUAGUUCUGAUUGGAAUCCACAAAUACUGCCUAAAUAUAUAUAUAUAUUUUUUUUUCAGCCAUGGGGAACGAUGAUGAUGCACAAAGGCUGUGAUCUACCUUGUGUGAAAAUCCGUAACUUUGUUGUUAAAUACAAGGCAAAGAAAAUUACUCCUGAUACAUUCGAGCAGUGGAGAGACUUGCCCAUUAGCUUUCCUGCUUUUAAGUGUGAAGACGUGGAGAUUACCAGUGAUGAAGAUGAAGAUGAUUAAAUUUAUUUAAAAAAAAGCACAUUCUAAAUUUGCAUCUGGCAAAAUAAAUCUUAAUUCUUCAAUAUAUAUAUAUAUAUAUAUAUUAUACGUGUAUAUUUAAUGUCUGGGCUUGUCUAUUGGUUACCCUGCUGUAUGUUCCUGCUGUAAGCAAAU